GCCUCUUCUUCUUCUUCUUCUUCUUUUUCCAUGCACUUAAAUAUAAUUGCACACAAGUUGUGGACUUACUGAGAAAGGUCUCUACUGGGUUUAGUGGGACUUACUGUACGGGCUUUAAAAAAUGUGUGUCACAAGUUGAUAAAAGCUUCACAAUUAUUGUGUUGUCAAUAAUUACGGUUAGCAGCUUUUAAUAAAUGUAAAUCUUAAAGGGGAACACAAGUACAUACAUAAAACAAAUCCAUAUUCUGAGCCUGAUUUAACUUAAAGCCGGGCAUAUGCAGAGGUGCCAAGUAGAGCUAAGAGGCAGCGUAAUGAACAUCCCAAUCCUUCAUGCCUUUUCUUCUUUCUGCAGUGUUUUCCAGAACUUGGACGGUAGUCACGCAGCCCUGCAAAACUUCCCUCGCUUGGUGGAGGCGCCUUCUCUGCUCCAGCUCCGGGGCUUCUCGCCUCUCCCCCUUGCACGCUGCAUAGUUUCCGCCGUCCUGGGAAGGGAGCGGGGAGUCAAUUGCAAAGAAAGAAAGAAAGAAGGCAGGCAGGCAGGCAGGCUGGUUCUUUAAAGGGAGCCCAAGGGAAGGAGCGGCGGGCUUCGCACUGAUUCCCCAGCCCUGCGCCGCGGAACAACACAAAGCACUUUCGCCAGGGGCGCGCAGCGAGCACUUCGGUCCGCGUAGAGCUAGAACUUCUGGCGAAGGAAAAGCCCUCUGGGCAUGCUCAGAGGCACGCCUGGCGAGGUCGCGCGGCUCAAGCUGACCGCCCAACCCAGGUAAAGCGGCGGCCUCCCCGCCCUCGCCCAACUCUGCCCCAGAUGCCAGGGAGGGGAAAGCGCUCCGGGCGUCCUCAGAGGCACACUUUUCUGGCGUCGUGCGGAGCGCAGGGUUUUGGGCGCCGCGGCCCCCCUCGCCUGCCCGCGCCGCCCCCCAUUCCUGAAGCGCCGGCCUGGCCGCCUCUCUCUCCCUCCCUCCCUCGCUGGCUCCCGCCUGUUGCUGCCGGCCUCGUCCAGGAGCCACUUCCUCUUCCUCUCGGACGCGGCCGCCCCCCGCCCGGAGUCGGCUCGCCUGGCGCGCCUGGUUGGGGAGCCGCUCGCCCCGAGAGACGGGCGGGGGCCCGGCGAGACCAAGCCCGCCCGAGAGGUAAGGCGCCCAGCCGCGUCGGGGGAGGAGGAGGCGGCUGCUCCGGGAGCGAAGUGUCGCCCCCCCCCCCCGCGAGAGCACUUUGGGAAGGGGGGUCGCUCUGGUGGCGGGGACGUUUUGCCUUCGGGGAAAGAAAGGGGUCGCAUCCUGCAGUGCGCUGGCUCCCGAGGCAUUUCUUUUCAGGGGAGGGGCUGUGCUCCGAGUGCCGCCCGGACUUCACCUGGAAUCUCGUACCUGCCUUUCGGGUCCCGGGGUGGGGGGGGCAAGCAGGGGGGUUCUUGCGCUCGGCCAGCCUCCCAGUUGCGCCUCCGCCGCUUUCCCUUCAGACAGCCAAAACUUCACAAGCCCGGCCUCCGUCCGGUGUAGAUGAUGGAGCAGGAGGGCCAGCUUGGCCCUGGCACCAACAUUUGUGGGAAUCCGACCCCUUCCUGGGGAAUUUGGUGGGUGCUGGCACCCCAGGGAGUUGGCACCCAUGUUAUGGAACACGGGGCGCUUCCAGACAGAAGUUCGGAGCUGCUCCUUCUUGCAGGCAAGUUUUUUGCAGCUUCCACAGCUUGUCAUCAAAACGCCUGCAAUGCUUAACAUUUAAUCUGGAAAUAUUACUGUGGAAAACCUGAAAAGUAACGAAUACUGUAAGCUGUUCCACAUCUGCCCACUGCUCCUGAGCACAUUUUUCUUGGUGGGCAGUUUGUCACUUGUAAAGAGUUUCAGUGAGUGGCCUCCAAAGCCACACUAUUGCUUCCAUUCCUAGCGAUUUUGCUUAUAGAGCAGCACAGUUGAUAAGGAAGGUGCCCAUUUCCACCAACAGCUAAAGACACUCUUGAGCUUAAGCAAUCUAAUCAAGAGGAGCUGUUUCCUCAAGAUCUCCAGUAGAGCCAGUGUGGUGUAGUGAGUUGAGUGUGGACUAGAUGUUCGGAGACCAGGGUUCAAAUCUCCACUUACUAUGGAGCUCAAUGGGUGACUAUGGGCCUCUGUAGCUGUUCCUUAGAGGAAAAGGAAAAGUAUGUAAAUAAGUGAGUGAGUAAGUGAAAGAAAUUACCUGGGAAACUGAAACUGGGCUUUAAAUAAAACAAAGAAUUAAUUCAAAGGUCUUAUGUAAGAUCUUUUUAUUCCUCUUGUGCAAGUCUUUGUCAGGUAAACACCACACUUGCACAAUACUUUAGUAUUAAGAAUUAAAAACAAACAAGCAAACAGAAUAGUUAUUGUCCCCUCCCUAAAGCAGAAGACUUCAUUUUCCCCAUUGUGAAACAUGAUGAUGAAGACUGAAGACCAAGUCGCUGGCCAGCAGUGGCAGGGCUUGAUGGCACAACCACCGCCCCAUCUUCAGCCCCUCCACUUGUGUGAACAAGGGAAGAAGGGUGGUAGUGGUGAAAUGACCUCUUUGCUCCCAGGCUGGUGCAGCAAAGAGACUUGGAUCAGGCCCAUUGCCAUCACAUGAUGGCAGAAGCAGGGCCAGCUUGGGAUCCAGCAAAUCCUGUGCUGAUACAGUGCUGCCUCCAAAAUACCCCAUUUCAGGCAGGGAUAAUUCUGGUGGUAUUUUCCAGCAGAUUUAGUGGGCAUGUUGGGACAUUCUUUGCUAGUGUGGCUUCCUUGCCAACGGCAGAGCUGGGCAUGGCUGGGUGGAGGGACAACUCCAUCCCAUCCUAAUCUCAUCCAGCACAGUGGAUCAGGAUUUGAAUUGCUCUUCCCAGCUGCUAACUUGUUCCUGCACACUUCCUGGAUCUUUUUUUAAAGGUGUGCAUGCGCAGGUAAAGAAAUAUUUGUAUGUAUGCAUUAGAAUCAAUGUUAAAUAUUUGAACUAGCUGUAAUAAUAAAUGCAAAUUUCACAUUUGUUUGUAAUUGUGAUUUAAGGAUGUAUUGAAGGUGGAAAAAAGCAGGGGGGAGUGUUGUGGUAGUCCUUUUCGGAAAAAUCAGCAUAGAAAGAGCUAGGUAAAGGUAAAGGGACCCCUGACCGUUAGGUCCAGUCGUGACCGACUCUGGCGUUGCAGUGCUCAUCUCGCUUUACUGGCCGAGGGAGCCGGCGUACAGCUUCCGGGUCAUGUGGCCAGCAUGACUAAGCCGCUUCUGCCGAACCAGAGCAGCGCACGGAAACGCUGUUUACCUUCCCGCCAGAGCUACUUGCACUUUGACGUGCUUUCGAACUGCUAGGUUGGCAGGAGGAGGGACUGAGCAAUGGGAGCUCACCCCGUCGCAGGGAUUCGAACCGCCGACCUUCUGAUCGGCAAGUCCUAGGCUCUGUGGUUUAACCCACAGCACCACCCGCAUCCCCUAUAGAAAGAGCUAAAGAAGCCUAAAAAUGAAUUUUUGUUCUGUCAACAUAAAAAUGCUUAUUUGCUGAUAUUAGACUUUGGACCAAACAUUUUCUGCAGGAUUUUUGAUCAAGGCCUUGGAAGUCGAACGGACUUCCGGAAUGGAUUCCGUUCGACUUCCAAGGUACAUCUGUAUGAGUAAUAACUUUAUUAGUGUUUAUCUGACAUGGGGGCAAAAUGCAAUAAAACAAUUAUUGAAGGUACUCAGAUUACAUGGUACAGAAUGUGCAUAACAUAGCAAAGUUUCUGUUUUGCUUCUGUCUUACCAAUGGGUUUUAUCAUUUAUUACCAUAUUUAUUUGGAAGGCCCCAUGUGUGGCUGCUACUCAAAAUCCAUCUCUAUAUGGGACAUCUGUGUGAUAAGCAGCAAUGUUUAAUGUUUCUCCAGUGGUCUUUUGAAGUGCCAUGCAGACCUUGGGACAGUUGAAAGUGGCAUGUGAACAUUGCACAUGGUAAGACCAUGACAUGUGUUGUUUCCUCAUCGGGAGGAGUGGAGAGAGAGGAAGACGAGAAUCACAUACCACCACUAUCCUAUUGGCAUACCUAGUGCAACCUUCCUGAACCUGGUACUCCCUAGGUGUUUCAGAUGACAGCUCUCAGCUAUCUAGGCUGUACUAGAUGGAACUGGUGGACAUUACAUUUCAAAACAUUUGAGGAAGGCUCAUCUAGUGAAAAAUUGAAACGAUGCAGCUCUGCUAACUCCCAGUGCAGCAUUUUAAUAGGGUUUUCACCACAGAGUCCCAUAAGAGAAUUUUUCUGGGUGACAAUGGCUCUCAGUGUUUACCAGAAAGCCAGGCUGUUUCACUCUUCUUUUUCUGUUGCUUUUCUUGUAAAUCUAUUCUUGACCUGUGUAUUUCCACAAUGUCAAAUUGGUAAAUGAAAAUUUGAACUGCUCUAGUUUUUUAGAGCAGUCGCAUUAACAUGGUGAUUGUUGUUGUUGUUCUCCAUCUGCCUUGAGAGACAAUGGCGUGACCUCCCUGGGGCACAAGCCUGGGCAGUAUGUAAAUGGAAGUCCUGGGCUGCCCAGACAACAAGACAUCCCCCUCGGCCGUGCUAGUGUGGUCCAAAGUGAAGCAGAGCAAUAUGUUUGGCUGCAGGAGUUGUUGGAAAGAGGCGCCAUCCAACUGUUUUAGGGACUCCACUCUGGAUUUGUGUAGAGUUUAUUCCUUAGCCUUUUCUUUUCCUGAAGAAAUCCCACAAGGCAGUGGCGGGUUAGGAUCAGAGUUUUCCUACUCCUAGAUGGGCUAUCUUGCCAUGUUGACAAGCCCCACCUGCUCCUCAUUUCCCUCUAUAGCGUAUGCAGAAGCCACUCAAUCCACCGGAGCCUGUCAUUGCAUGCAGGGGAAGUCCCUAACUCACUGAGGGUUUGAGACCCAUUGGUUACCCUCACCUGGUUUAGCUGGUCAGUCAAAUCCAUUUCCUGGAAUGCUGAUAGCUUCUAGGAGCCACAGGUGAGAGCUGAGUGCAGCGUGAGAACUAAAGGUGGACAGACUGUACUACCGCUCCCCUAAUACUCCAUGGAUUCUCUUCAAAUGUAUGAGAGUCAAACAGUUUAAAAUACGGUUUUGAAACCUAAGAAUAACUUGAUUGUAUUGACACAACCUUUCUGCAGUUUUCCAUGGCAUAGUGACACAAUGUGAGAGGCUGCUAUAACAAAAUAAUAUGAAGUGGUGGCAGGCUUACCCUCUGUAGACAGGGAAAUAUUGAGAACUCAUACAAAAGCAUGAGACAGCCAUAAGACAUGUCCCCCCCCACCACAGAAAAUGACUCAGUCAUUUUCAUGAAUCUGAGGCUCCUCGUAUGAAUAUGUUAUCAAGCUUUCCAAUCUUUUGGAACAUUUCCCACAAUAAUUUACCUGCAAAGGAAUCUUUGUGCAGUUGCCAUUGCAGGGGAUUGUGGCAUGCACAUGAUUCAUAAGUAUCAACGUACUCCAUAGAACAGGCAUGUGCAAGAUCCGUUUCAGGGGCCUAAUCCGGCCUGCCAGUUGGUUUAAUCCAGCCCCUGUGGCAGUUUAUUUCCUGGGGUAAAAUCCUAAAAAAACCCUCGACAACUUCAGUCCUAAAAAAACCUCAACAACUUCAAUCCUAAAGAGAGCUCAACAACUUUGGUCGGCCCUCACGGCCCUUCACUUCAUCAAAUCUGGCCCUCUUUGAAAAAAGUUUGGACACCACUGCCAUAGAACAUCUUCAGCAUUUCUCUGCUGAUGCACUUUGCAAGGGAGGUUACAGGCAAUCUGUCUUUCUUCUCCUUUACAGAUCCAUUAUAGAGUUAGUUAUUGAGGAACACUUGGAAAACUUUUCAAGAACUCAAUACCCCCCCCCCCAAAGCAGAGUUAGAAAGGCGCUUAUUUUAGAGUAUUGACUGGUUCAUGUGUUUUCUACCUUAGAAAAGUAUGGUUCUGCUAGUGAACUUAUUGAAUUACUGGUUGCAUUCACUCAGUCAGAACUAAAAAUCUGAAAACAUUCAGUUAAACACCAACUCUGCAAUUCUGUGAUUUUUAGGUUAAAAGUAGGAAAACCACACUUAGUCUGCUCACUGCUAGUAAUUUCCUGUCUCUUGCUACACUCCAGUUUUGUCUGAUCUGUCCAGAAAGAGAGGCUGUUUCUUGAAUGGGCAGUAAAAUAUUCCCAGUUCACAGAAGACAGCAUAAACUUUCUAGACAGCUGUAGGUUUUUGCUUUUCUUUUAUAGCCCUGUUACUGACCCAAAUUCCAAACAAUGGUCCGAAAAUUUUGGAUGGGCUGGCUCUCUUCCAAGAACUUUGUGAUCCUUUUAAGAUUUGGAGAGCGCACAAGCACCACUGUUCUGUAACUGGUUAAGCUUUCAGCAAAGGACAAGUGUACCAGUUUGGACUUUGUCACAGAUUAUGUGAGAGAGAGAAAAUAUGCAGCGGGUCCACUGAGUAGCAGUUUGUUCAUAAGCUACAUCAAGUUUUGGAAAAGAGCAGAAAGCAAUCCAGUCUUGAGCAAGUGUCUUUUCAUUGCAGAAAAUUACUAAACCCAUCAGGAAUUCUUACAUAGUAUGUGAAAGUAAAUUUAUUUGCUUUGCUCAUAGAAAGGAACACCACUGACUUCAUGCAAACUUGUGUGUGUGUGAGUGUCAGAAGUCUUGAUGAGCUGAGCUAUACACAACAUGUUAGUGAUGACUGGAAUUCAGACUUGUUAAAGUCAGUUUCCAAGGUUCUUUCACACUAGUAUCAUUUCCAAAGUUUAACAUGAUAUAGAACAUGUUAACUGUAUAUGAAACAUAUAUAUAUAUAUAUAUAUAUAUAUAUAUAUAUAUAUAUAUAUAUACUAUAUAUGAAAAUGAAAAAUGAAUCAUUGGUUGUAAUUUUUACAGAAUUACUCUGCAGUAAUUAGAAGCACUGGUAAGGAUGUUGCAGUCAAAGCAAUCAACAUUGGCCCACAAGUUUGUAUUCCCUCCACCCCACCCCACCAGUGAUCUUGAUUGCUGACACUGCCUUAUUUGAUAUUUACAGACUGUUAUUCAAAUAGCGUGCAGAGAGGCUUCGACAGUUUUACCCCAACGUAAAUUGAGGGCUUACUAUAUGUCAAAUAUAUUUGCAUGAUGGAGUGAUCAGAUUGUAAGGGCCUCCUUUCCCCCUGUCCUGCUUUGCUCCCAGUUAAGUGACAUAGUCCAGCUUUUCCCAUUGGCCAUGUGCUGGAAUGGCUGGUGUCUCUGAAGAAGAACCCUCACAGGGAAACACAAAUAUCCAAUAAUCGAGACUGCCAUUGGGUCCUGUGGUGGAAGGAGAGUCUUUCAUGUGGCCUGGCUUGAUGCCCAUAACCUUUCAAAAAUGGACUGAAUUUUGGAGUGCCUGUAUUCAGUGCAACAUGUGAAACCACUUUCCUUUUACUCUUCCAAAACUGACACUGAAUGGUAGUCAGCUAUGUUUUACAGAGUAGACCCAUUGAAGUUAAUCAGCAUGGCUAAGUUAGGUCUAUUAAUUUUAUUAAGUUUUAGUAGGUCUACUCUCAGUUAAAUGAAUGCCACUCAAUGAAUUUCUUAGGUUGCUCUGCAGAACUUUUCAAAGCCAGAAGUGUUUCUGCAACAUCCAAAGCCCAGUGCGCUAUUGUGCAUUCCUCUUCUUCCAGUUGUGGAAGGUAAGCUGUGGUUUCUUACAUUGUGCUUCUGUGGUGUGGUUUCAAAGCGCAGUAUGGUAUGAGAAGGCCCCACCUCUCUCAAGUUCUGAGGCAUGUGCAGAGGGUUUGGGAAGGGGGAUGAGUGAUUAUUAUGCUAAGCCAUAAUUUGUGAACCUCUGGAUAAAUACCAAUCCUGUGUGAAAUACAGUACUUUCAAAACAGUGAAAUCUCAAAUACCAGUAGUACUAAUGUUCCCUCUUCCUCAUCUUUUACUUUAGAGCAGAUUCCUAGAGAGUGAAAGUUGAUCCUCUGGUAUUUCUGUUGAUAACAUUUUAUCUUUCAUGACUUCUGCUAUCCCCAGGUUCAGCACCUUUGCACUCUGCCUUGAAGUUUUCUCACCUACUUUUUCCUGGUUUGCUAAACUCCUGCUUAGGUCUACUCUGUUAAUGAAUAACACUUGCCAUGUUAGAUAAGGGGCAAAGUUUCAGAGAGCCAAAUAAUUGCACUAGGGCAGAUCUCAAAAUGCAAUCCAAGCCUUGUUAGGGCUGCUUUUGAGAGUAAUGUACAAUCUUAAAAUGACUGUAGUUGAAUGUGCAUCUUGGUAGUGAUAUAUAUAUAUAUAUUGAUAUAUAUAUAUACACAUACAUAUAUAUAUAUAUAUAUAUAUAUAUAUAUAUAUAUAUAUAUAAAAGCAAUUGUUAAAUUACAUUUUUAGAAAUAUUUAGAACUGGAAGAAGAGGUUAGGAAUCUGUAAGCAAUAAAAUUGGAGUAAAGUUUAAAGUCACACCGGUUUGCAGACUACACUACUGUAUUAGCAAUCUGAAUAGUUUGUAAGAUCCUCUCCUGAGUUGGAGGUGGUUAGGCUUGUCUAUAAAAGGUACUCACAGGUGGCUUUCUCCAUGGUGAUCUCAUGAUUGAGGGCCCCUCACUUAUUUUUGUUUGUACAAUGAGCAGACUUUCAAUUUCUUUGUUCACAUUGCUGAACUAUUUAAAGGGGAGAUCCUGUAACUAUUUGUAUACACAGCUCACUGAAGUCAAACUGAAUAAAAGCAAUAUCUGGAAAUCCACAUAGAAUUUCUAACUGCGAUGAUCAGACAACUGAUGUUUUAUGAGCUUGUUUUCAUCUUGGUUGCUCUUUGUUGUUGGACACUGGGAUGGGGAAGGGGCUGGAACUCUCCAUACUUCCACCCCAUUAAAUUUGAGCCAAUUUGCCAUUUUUGUUGUUGUUUAGUCGCUUAUUCGUGUCCGACUCUUCGUGACCCCAUGGACCAGAGCACGCCAGGCAAUUAAAAAUUUGCCUUUUUAAUUGACUUUAAUCAGUGCCUGAAAUAGGCAAAACAGGAAGUAGGGUGGUCCCAAAACUGGAGAAAAGUGAAAGUGGGAUGGUUAGGCCAGAGUCGGUUUUGGCUUCCUCUAUGUUGAACAAGCAUCCUGAAUUGCUUAGACAAAUCUUAUUUGGAGGUUAUAUUAUAUCUAGUCUUGAUGAGCAUUUGUCCUGAUUUGUUCAUGGGGUGGUUAAUAUGACAAUGAAUAUUUGUCUUGCAUUUAUCCUAAUUUGCUUAUGGGGUGUUUAUACAUCUUCCUGCUAAUCAAUUAUUCAUCCUACUUUUCAAAGCAUUUCCCUGUUACUUUCCAAGCCACAAAAGUCCAUUUUUUAUAAAGUGGCUUUGUUGUGCUAGGAUGAUAAGAGCACUUUAAUUCCUCCUGCAAAAUAGUGACAACGUGGAGGCACCCUUUGACUACUUGAAAAGAAGCAGUAAAAGAUAUCUUCAAGUGGAAAAACAUCCCACCCCACUUCAAGCACUCACUUUAAUUCAUUUCUAUUACUGUGUUUUUACUUUAUAUCUGUUUUGAUAAAAAAUUAACUUUUAUGCUUUGUUAUAAUCUAUAGAUUUAAACAAAUACUAUCUUCCUACCUGUCAGGUUAGAAACACUUGCCUUUUAUAAUCCACAUACAGCUUUAUUGAUGUCCUUAGACCCAAAAUGCACAGUAAAGGUAAAGGACCCCUGACAGUUAAGUCCAGUCAUGAACGACUCUGGGGUUGCGGCCGUCAUCUCGCUUUACUGGCCAAGGGAGCCAACAUUUGUCUGCAGACAGUUUUUCCAGGUCAUGUGGCCAGCAUGACUAAGCCGUUUCUGGCGAAAUCAGAGCAGCACAUGGAAAUGCCGUUUACCUUCCUGCUGGAGCAGUACCUAUUUAUCUACUUGUACUGGUGUGCUUUUGAACUGCUAGGUUAGCAGGAGCAGGGACCGAGCAAUGAGAGCUCACCCUGUCAUGGGGAUUCGAAUUGCCGACCUUCUGAUUGGCAAGCCCAAGGCUCAGUGGUUUACAGCACAGUACAACAAUAGUAAAUAUCAUCAGUUUUUAAGGUGUAAGAUCAGCCUUACUAGCCAACAGAGGAGCUUUAGCCUGUAAAUACUGAUUUCUGAUUCUCACUGCCUCCAAAAGGAAUUUUGCUGCAGCCAAUGUAAUAGUAUUAAACUUAUCCUCAAGGAGAACCGUGACAUAAAAUAAGUCAUCAGUUUUAGGUUGUUUAAUUAGUAUUGGAUUGAUUAGAUGUUUUCUAACCUGUUUAUACAGAUUACAAUGCAAUAAAAUAUCUUGGGAGAACGGGCACAGCCUGUCUUGGUAUGUGACACCAGCGAAUCUUCUCAGCACUUCAGAAUGGAAAACAUUUAAUCUGGCUUUAGGAAACAGACAACAGUAGUUAGAUACAGUCAAAUUCUUAAGGUAGGGAGAUAACAAAAAACCCUGUAGGUAUUAGAUUCCUGACACAGAUGGGCCACAGGUCACAUGCGAGCGAUACUGUAAAUCACUAAAGGCAAUAUCCCAUAACCUCUGUUUCACAGUUUUGAGGGCAGAAUCAUACCCCAGGUGGGUAAGAAAAGAUGGUGAAAGGCCUAUUGAAGAGGCCUUAAGUACCAUGGUUUUUGACCAGGAGCUGAUGUACUCCAUUUAUCAAAUGAAGGAGUAAACGUACAGAUAAACCCAUGAAAACAUCAAAUUUGUGCUCUGUUUCUCUGUGUUGUACUUUGCCUGUAGCGAGUCUGUACGUCCUGUUCUCUUUCACCCUGUAAGAAUGAACAGAAUCUCUUUCUGACGGUUUACGGAAGUUGGGACCCCCCCUCCCUCCUCCUCCCUCCUCCAGAUCCCGUACUUUGUUUGCAGUUACAGCUGGACUAACAAUGCAACAUUUGAAUUAAGAGAUCUGUCAAGUCCUGGCACCAUAGACAGUUCCUGUAUUUUGGCUCCUGAAUGUCAAUGUAAUCCUGUGUGUCACUGUAUCAGUGGACUCCAUGAACUAGGCUCUCAGCCGACUGUGGAAAAGGAAAUAAUGUCAAAAGAAAGGAAGUUUGCCAAGGCCUAGAUAAAGAUGUGCUAUUUUUAACAACCCUCAAAUUUGGGGGCUAGAUAUAAAAUAUAAAAAUUUUAAUAGACCAGUACAUUUAUAUUGGAAGGAAGUUUUUUGCUCUACCAGGAAAGUGUUCAGAACCAUAAAUCAGCAUGGGAAAUACUGGCACAUGUAGAAGCAGCAACCUAAUUAUUAAGAUUAGGAAAAAGGCGCUCUUGGUAUAAAUGCCAACCUGCCUUUUAAGAAGCAGUUCUGGAUCUUGGAGGUAUUCGAAUCUCCGAGGUAUUCUGGAUCUCCGAACGGUACUAUAGCCACUCCUUAACAGCAUUACCAUCUUGUUUAAUUUCAGUUUUAACCAUUUUAAAAUACAACUCCCACUACUGCAUUUUGAAGUACAUAUCCCAACCAUCUAGAUUCCAUAAAAUGAUAGUAAUUUGUAAAUUGCAAAUUCAGUAAAAAUAUAUUAGGGUGUAAUUGUGGAAGCUGCAUCAUGGGAAUAUUAUUUCGAAAGUAAACAAGUAAUCAAUUUGUGGGGUAUAAAUACUAAAACUAUCAUUAUGGAAUGGGACAUCCCUAUUUUCAUCGGAGAAAUGUUGGAGGGUAUGGAUUUGUUUGUGUUUAUUGUUUGUGUUUUGUGCAUUUUGUGUUUAAAAUGAAUAUAACUUUUUUUUAAAAAAAAUCUCACUAGAAUUGCCAAACUAUGUUACCUAUAACUAUGAAAGUUACAUCCAGGUGUGGAUCACGUAUAGCUUGUAGUGAUCAUUGCCAGACAUUGGCAUACAGAUGAAGAAGUAGAGCAACUCAGUGGUUAUAAAUGUAAAGAGUUUUAUUUAGGUAAAUGCACAAAUACACAAUGUGCAACACCUUGCUUGACAACAGCAGUACAUGUUGAAAAGGGUUUUAGUAGACAACCAAUGCAGCCCGUUUCAGCAGUGUAAUGUGGCAGCUAAACAAACUUCUCAGUUCUGUCAACAGAAGUAUCCAGAUCAUGAAAAGUAAUGAUAAUCAUAAUGUCAGGGGUUCAGGAGCAGAGGCAAGGGCAAGGGAGGAAACAGAGAGCGAGGGGGAGGAGGCAGAAGAAAAGAUGAGUGAUGACGACGACCCGAGAUCUCCGAGUCUUUCCAGUGAAUCAGAAGAUUCACAGAAAGGAGCACCAGUGGCCAGGGCAAGGGGGAGCCUAGGGGACGCCCCAGGAAGAUAGAGCCAGAGGGGACUCAGAGGGGAGCAGUUGGAAAUCGGGACCAGCGUCACCGCCAGAGAGCAGGGAAGAGGAAGGGAGCCAGGGAUCAAGCGCUGGCAGCUCACAACAGGGGGGAGGGCACGAGUCAGGAGUGGCCACACCUCCAUCGGGGAGCGAAGAAACGGUCAGACGGAAGGUGGAAGGUUGGGCGCGCGCGCAAGUUCAAAUGCACAGGAAGGUGGCACAGUAGGCAGCCCGGAAAGGGAGCCAGGUCCUAAAGCCCGCCGAAAGGAGGGAGAAGAGUCAGGGGGGGGAACGUCAGCGUCAGAAGAAUCCCGGAAAGAAGAGACCCCAGGGGGCAGAGGGACCCAGAGAAGAACAGUCAGGCGGAAAAGGUGGAGCAGGGCUAGGAUAUUAAGUUGGUGUACAAGGGGCGGAGACUCAGACGGAGCUUCGCCGAUCUAACCCCUAGACGUAGAGCUGGGCGCUGCGGCUUGAAAAUGGAAACUGUACUUCAAUAAAGACUUUUGUACAUUACUGCCGGCUAGCGUUGGUCCUCUGUGAGCUGGGACCUGGAGCCAGCUCUGACAGUAAGCUCCGUCUCAUAAAGUUUUGCACCAAAAACCUCGUAACGUGAGUGGACGCAGCGAGGGAAGAAGAUUGGUGCUUCGCGAGCUCACAAAAGUCAGGCAAGAUGACUACAGAACAGCAACUAGCAGCCCUGCAAAAUGCAGUGACACAACUCAACGCGGAGGUACUCGCAUCCAGGAAAAGGGAAGAGGAAGCGGCUGCCGCCUGCAGGGAUCUCCAAGCCAGGUUGGAAGUGCUUGCUAAGCAGGGGCAACCGGGACCCAAAUCAGAGGGGAUUGGGCUGGGGAAAAGAGGAGGCAGCCUGGUAUCUCAUUUCGAUGGGAAUUUGCAGCAGUACCCUAACUUCCGAGCAGACGUGCUGUUUGCGCUGGAACUGCUGGAUAAAGACUUUAGAGAUGAGCAAGAGAAGGUGGGGUUUAUCUUGUCCCAUUUGCAUGGGGAAGCUAAAGCGUGGCUGCGCAAUCUGUGGAGAGAUAAGGAUCCGGCGCUCCAAAAUGCGGAUGCAUUCAUUAAAGCGAUGGAUUCGUGUUUUUAUCAAAUAUAGACAUUGAUAUCGCCAGAAAAGACAUACAUGGGCUCAAACAAGGCAGAGCCAGUGUAAGGCAGUACCAUUCCCGCUUUUUGCAUUAGUCCAUGCGCUGGGAUGGGAGAAGGAUUCUGCCCCAGCCAGAGACCUUUUUGGGAAGGCUUGAAUGCAAAUGUGAAAGAUGAGAUUGCAAGGGGGGAGAGACCAAAGAGCACUCAGGAGGUUGUCCGGCGGGCGCUGCAAAUUGGGGUGCGUCUGGAAGAACGUCCAUGGAACAGAGAAGAAGGACGUUGGGGACGUACGCCAGUGAGAGCACCUCCCCUCUUUCCCAAGGAUGCAGCGCGUGUGCAAUCCCCACCUCCGCAAGGAGGGGAGAGCAACCGAUGGAGAUUGGAGGCGCCAGGGCUCAGUCAGCAACCAGAGCCCUAACACCGGGAGCAGUCAAAGCGAAGCCUCCUAGAGGGAACAGGAAGUGCUACAUCUGCGACAGUGCUCAGCACAUGGCGAAAGAGUGUCCCCAGAGGCUCCACAAGCACACUGCAGCCUCAGCAACAGUAACAGACGCAACUCAGCAGAGAGAACCACAGCAGGGAAACGACAGAGUCUGGUUGGAGGAAGAGGCACUGGGGCCCAGCCAGACAAGUCAAUGAAGCCGUCCCCAGAGAUUUUGCAGCCCACAGACCCCUCCCGCCCAAACCAGUGGUGCAGCUCACAGCAUCGCUCCAACUACCCAAUGGACUCACUAUGGAAGUGCCGAUUACCAUUGACUCUGGUAGUAACGCAGACUUCAUAGGACUGGAUUUCAUUCAAGAGCACAACAUAGCACUCCUGCCAGCCACGCUGCCUCUGAAAGUUGUCACGGUGGAUGGCAGGGAAUUGCUGGGGGGGCAGGUGGUGCAGCAAACGCCUCCGAUGGUAAUGCAAAUUGGGAAUCACCGAGAAGUCAUCAGCUUCAAUGUCACCCAACUGUCGGACACGCCUAUAGUAUUAGGCAUGAGUUGGCUGCACAGGCACAGCCCAGCAUUGGCGUGGUACCAGCGACAACUGACCUUCGGCUCCUCAUACUGUGCGGAACAUUGCAUUCUGCCUAGCCCGGAAGGGGAAGAGGAUGACCCGCAGCUACAAUUAGGCACGCUGCAAGCAGUGCCACUCAAGUACGCAGCGUUUUUGGAGGUUUUCUGCGAGAAGGAAGCGGACAAGCUACCUCCCCACAGGUCCUAUGACUGCAAGAUUGACCUCCUGCCAGGGGCGACGCUGCCAACCGGGAAACUGUAUUCCAUGUCUGAAGACGAGCUGCAGGAACUCAGGGAGUUCAUAGACCUCAACUUGAAGCGCGGUUUCAUCCAGGAGUCGAAGGCAGUGGGGAGCAGUCCUGUAUUCUUUGUGAAGAAGAAGGACACGCCCCAAAAAGGCUUGUGGUGGACUAUAGAAUUUUGAACUCGAAAACCAAGCCCACAGCCUUUCCCAUGCCCAAGAUAGAUGACCUGCUCGCAACGGUGAGGAAAGGACGCGUUUUCACAAAGUUGGAUCUGCGAGGGCGUACAACCUGAUUCGCAUACGGGAGGGCGACGAAUGGAAGACUGCCAUGUUCACGCCCCUGGGCACCUAUGAAUACAGAGUUAUGCCCUUUGGAUUACAAAAUGGCUCCCACUGUUUUCAAGCCUUCAUGCAUCACGUAUUGGCGGGUCUCCUCUACAAGAAAUGCGUCUGCUUCCUGGACGACAUCCUGAUAUUUUCAGAAUCAGAGGAGACCCACGAGGGAGACGUCAAGGAAGUUCUGCAGAGACUGCAGGAGCACAGGCUGUACGCCAAGCUGGAGAAGUGCCAGUUCGACAUGAAGGAGGUAGAUUUCCUGGGCUACAAGUUGUCGGACAAGGGGCUCGCCAUGGACAGCGCCAAGGUUCGCUCAGUGUUGGACUGGAAGAGCCCGCGCAAUCGGAAGGAGGUCCAGCGGUUUGUCGGUUUCGCCAACUUUUACCGCAAGUUCAUCAAGGGGUUCGCGAUGCAGACGGCGGCCAUUACCGACACGCUCAGCUCCAAGAAGAAGAAGUUCAUCUGGACGGAGCAAGCGGAGCAGUCCUUUCAGAAACUCAAGCGUCUCUUCUCGUCCGAAGAGCAGCUACUGCAUGUGAAUCCCAGCAGACCGAUGAGGGUUGAAACGGACGCCUCAGACAGAGCCGUGGGAGCAGUACUGUUGCAGCAAGACCCGCAUGGGGACUGGAGACCGUGUGCCUUCUACUCCAGGAAGCUCAGCAAGUCAGAGCAGAACUACACCAUCUGGGACAGGGAGUUGCUGGCCAUUCAUGCAGCAUUCAAGGCGUGGCGGCACUUCCUCAUUGGAGCCAAACACACAGUGCAGGUCCGCACGGACCAUAAAAACCUGGAGUACUGGCGCACGGCAAGGUUCCUGAACCAGAGGCACAUACGAUGGGCGGAGUUCUUUGCGGAUUUCGACUUCAGGAUAGAGUACAUCCCAGGCGACAACAACAUCAUGGCGGAUGCACUGUCCAGAAAGCCGCAAUACCUCGAGGAGGCGGCACCAGCAGCGGCCAAGCACAUUUUCGCACCGAAAGCGUGGGCGUGCGCUUCAGCAACCGUGGACCUGGAUGCUGUACGUCGAGCACUGCAGGAGGACCCCUUCGCGCAAGCAAAGAUGGCAGAGGUGCAAAGGGGCACGGCGGAGGACGACGAGUUCCAGAUACGCGACGGAUUGCUCAUCCGCAGAGGGGCCCUCUACGUACCGGGAGACGACCUCCGCGCGAAAGUACUGCAGCAGUUGCACGACGCACCCACCGCCGGGCACUUUGGCAAAGAGAAGACGGUAGAAUUAGUAGCCAGAGAUUUUGGUGGCCCAAGAUGCGGGGGAAGUCGCGGAUUACGUCUCGAGGUGCGACACCUGCCAAAGGGCCAAGUCAGUGCACAAACCGCCGGCGGGACUGCUCGAACCGCUGCAGACACCGCUCGAACCGUGGGAGAGGGUGGCCCUGGACUUUGUCACGGAUCUACCCAGCUCGAGGGGCAAGACGGCAGUGCUAGUGGUGGUGGACAUGUUCACCAAAAUGGCCCACUUCAUUCCGUGCGCGAAGGUGGCCACGGCGGAACAGACCGCCAAACUGUUCAUAGACCACGUGUUCAGGGUUCACGGUCUGCCACGGUCUAUCCUGUCCGACCGGGGCGACAGUUCAUCUCGAACUUCUGGCAGAAGCUGAUGGGUUUCCUGAACGUCAAGAUCAACCUAGCGUCGGCGAGACACCCGCAGACGAACGGACAAGCGGAGCGAGUCAACGCCAUCAUGCAGCAGUACCUGCGAUGCUACGCAAAUCAGCAGCCGGCAACAUGGGUGGACUACCUGCCGCUCGCUGAGUUCGCCUACAACAACACGAAGCACGUGUCCACGGGGGUGACACCGUUCUUCGCCAACAACGGGAGGCACCCCAGAACCUUCCCGGGACUGGAAAGAAUGGGGGAGGGGGAGCCGCAGACAGCAGAUGCAUUCGCGUCGGAGUUGCAGGAGGUCCACGAUCAGCUGCGGCGGCACCUGGAGCUGGCUAAACACGCAUACAAGGUACAAGCGGACAAACACAGAAGGGUUGGCGAAGAGAUCCAUGUGGGAGACUGGGUCUGGUUAGCAGCCCACGCAGUGCCGGCCAGGUCGUUGGCGAAGAAGAAACUAGGGCAUAAACAACUGGGGCCCUACCAAGUCGAAGAACAGGUCAACCCGGUGGCUUUCAGGCUGGCUCUUCCGGAGGGUUCCAGAAUGCAUCCGGUGUUCCACAGAUCGGUGCUCACUCCAUACAAGGCACCUCACAGGUUUCAGGAACCAGGAACGGCACCGGGUCCGCUCCGAGAGAGAACCGGGCAAGGGGAGUGGCACGGGAGGAGCGCAUCAACGAAGCCACGGAGAUUUUGGACUCCAGAUGGGGGAAGAGGGGUAGAAUACCUUCUCGCCAAGGAGGGCACCCCGGCCAGUGCCACCCGCUGGGUGCCGGGCUACGCUUCCGACGCACCUCUGCUCCACGAAGAGAUUCAGGCCCUCUUCCCACAUAGGCCAAUGCCAGCAGACUUUUCGACGACUGGCUUUUCACGCCCACGCUUUCAGCCAGCACGUUCCGGGGGUUCGACUCGGACGAGGAACCGACACGAGACGCCCGUUCCCCGGAGGGGUCACCCUCGGGAUCUGCUUCAGAACCCUCGUAUUGGUGGGAUGAUCGACCAGAGGAGCAGUUCCGCAGAAGGUGGCUGGAGGGUCCAGGACGAGCAACGUCUCCAGAAGGUAACGAGGGAGAGACGGACAUGGACGUUUCGGGGACGACCCGGGUUUCGAGCACGGCGGCACAGAGAUGGAAGCGGAGGUGACCGUCGUCAACGAGAGCAGGGAGGAAGAACCGGAAGACUUCAGAUGGCGGCCCGCCACGGGGAGCGAACUGUAUCCGACAUUCGUCCCCCUGACACGGCAGCACCCAGAUCCCGCACCGGAAGGAGGGGAGGGGGGAAGAGGGGGCUUCGAGGGGGGGAUGGAUGUCAGGGGUUCAGGAGCAGAGGCAAGGGCAAGGGAGGAAACAGAGAGCGAGGGGAGGAGGCAGAAGAAAAGAUGAGUGAUGACGACGACCCGAGAUCUCCGAGUCUUUCCAGUGAAUCAGAAGAUUCACAGAAAGGAGCACCAGUGGCCAGGGCAAGGGGGAGCCUAGGGGACGCCCCAGGAAGAUAGAGCCAGAGGGGACUCAGAGGGGAGCAGUUGGAAAUCGGGACCAGCGUCACCGCCAGAGAGCAGGGAAGAGGAAGGGAGCCAGGGAUCAAGCGCUGGCAGCUCACAACAGGGGGGAGGGCACGAGUCAGGAGUGGCCACACCUCCAUCGGGGAGCGAAGAAACGGUCAGACGGAAGGUGGAAGGUUGGGCGCGCGCGCAAGUUCAAAUGCACAGGAAGGUGGCACAGUAGGCAGCCCGGAAAGGGAGCCAGGUCCUAAAGCCCGCCGAAAGGAGGGAGAAGAGUCAGGGGGGGGAACGUCAGCGUCAGAAGAAUCCCGGAAAGAAGAGACCCCAGGGGGCAGAGGGACCCAGAGAAGAACAGUCAGGCGGAAAAGGUGGAGCAGGGCUAGGAUAUUAAGUUGGUGUACAAGGGGCGGAGACUCAGACGGAGCUUCGCCGAUCUAACCCCUAGACGUAGAGCUGGGGCGCUGCGGCUUGAAAAUGGAAACUGUACUUCAAUAAAGACUUUUGUACAUUACUGCCGGCUAGCGUUGGUCCUCUGUGAGCUGGGACCUGGAGCCAGCUCUGACACAUAAUAAUAUCAUUGAUUUAUUAAUCACCUUCAAAACAACAAUCUCAAGUCAAUGCAUACUGAAGAUAGUUAAAAGCGCAAAACAGCAAUUGCUGUUAUAGUUUUGUUUUGCUUUUGUUUUUAUUAUUCAUUUCACGGUUUUAUUUUGUACUUUUAUGUUGUGAACCGCCCUGAGAUCUUUGGAUAAAGGGCAGUAUACAAAUUUUUAAAAAUAAAACCAUACAAAAUAGACACUGAUGGCAAAGAACUGAGAUUGCAAAGAAAUGCUGCACAAUCAGACUAACCCUCAAGAAAUUGUCUUUGUUUGAUAGAGUCCGUUUAGUUGAGGACCAGUCCUUAGAAGUCACUACAGCCCUAUUUUGGAACAUGUCGUAUGGAAGGAAUUUUACAUUAAUAAUGUUUUCUGCUGUCACAAGGCCCCUGGUGACUAAAUCGAUUUUCUCAAGAAUGUUUACUUUCCUUUGUACAUACGUUGGGAGGCCUCUGUAAGAGGGAAGGAUUGAGAAGACACGUUUAUGAUUGUUUAAGGUUAAGUUCCACUGUGCCGUUUUGUCGUGAGCCUUUUUAGUUAGGUUAGAAUGAACAAGAUUUCCUUGAGACAUCUUGAGAAGAGUUGGUUGCUUGGGAACCGAGAUUUCCUUUAGUUUUCCCGUAACCCCGCUGGAGGGUGACGUAUGCUCUGCUGUGGCUUGGGGCUUGUCCUCAGGAUGCUUUAUUGAAGGACCUGAGUUUGUGGUUUUCUUUUGUGUUGUAGAAACCGAGUUCUUUAUCGUUGGAUUCUCCAACAGCUUAAAGAGCUUUUGGAAAUUCAUUUUUUUAGUCCGACAGAGCGGCUUUCCCUUUUGGCUUCCCAGUUUGAUAUUUUUAGGCUUUUUCUUUUUUUUGCAUUGAGUUUUUUCUCUUGGGAGCAGGGACCCUCCCUCCUCCUGGGCUGGUUGGAUUCUGUUUGGGUUUUUUGUAAUCAAGGCCCAGUUGGGUUUCAUUUCCAUUGGUCAUAUUAUUAGUUGUUAUGUGAAGGAAGGAGGCUUCUUGUCUCUUAAUUAAUUCAGUUAGGGUGGUAAGCAGGCACAAACUUUCCGAAAGGAAAUUUUUAAUUGGCUCCAGUUCUUUACUUAAUUGUAUAGAAUAGUUUUUGAGCAGCUCAUCCCUGACAGGUAAAAAAUGUCAUCGUCCGGGUGCUGUAACCUUGGACUGUUUAGUUGUUUGUCUGUCUCAGCCAACUCAACUGAGGGGGAGCACCUUAAUUUCUCUCCUGAUAGUGAGGGUAAGGAAGUCCCGUUUAUCCUGGUUUCUGUGUUUUUCAGGAAUAGUUCCUGUUCCAAAUAUAUUUCAGGGCCCUCUUUGGCUUUUCUGGCUUGUUUUAAUUCGGUUGCUAGAUCUGUCCCUUCCCUUCUGUCGUUCGUUUUUGCCUCCCUCCCAGUCCAGGUUGUUUGCUUCGUUUGCCUUAGGCUGAAAGUAGGGUGAAAUUUUGACCUGCUUUUUCUUUGGGGGAGUUAUAGUGGAUUGUGUGGGGGAAAUUCCCAGUUCUUUGUAGCACUGUCUUGUGAGUACCAUGCUUGGACUCAGAAAUAAUUGAAGCUGCUUUUUCUGGCCCACGAUUUUGAGGGCUUUGCUUGGGAGGAGUUCUAGUUGUUUUAAAUAGUUUCAAAAGGAGGGGGAGAUUAGAUUAUCAGCCCAGCAGCUCCCGAAGUUUUUUCUAACAGGAGUUGGCGCUUAUUUUCAAGGGUUGAGCAUUUUAAUCGGAGUAAUUUGAUAAAUAGAGCUCCUACUCACUCAGCAGAGACUCAGUGGAGACUUGACCCGGUGCCAUCUUCUGGCAAAGACCCAUUUAUCCCUCUCCCUCUGUGAAAGCCUGUUGGAACAAAAUUGUUAAUUGUUUCCGAAAAGUGCAGAUAGUGGCCACCUGCCAUGCUUUGACAGGAAUGCUGUUCCACAACCCAUUGCAUGUCCCACCAACCCCAGCCACCAUGACCAAUGAUCAGGGAUGUUGGGGUAGAUUCUUAAAUAUAUCUCGAAGGCUGCUGCAGUAGAUAGGACCCAAGUCCAAAUUAUGAGAAAGGGGAUUUUGACUGAACAUUAGGAAGAACACCACACAUAGGAGUAUUGGAAGCCGCCUUAAACCAAGUGAGACCAUUGGUCCAUCAAGCCCAGUAUUGUCUACACCAUGUGUAGGCAAACUAAGGCCCAGGGGCCGGAUCGGGCCCAAUCGCCUUCUAAAUCUGGCCUGCGGACGGUCCAGGAAUCAGCGUGUUUUUACAUGAAUAGAAUGUGUACUUUUAUUUAAAAUGCAUCUCUGGGUUAUUUGUGGGGCAUAGGAAUUCAUUCAUUAUUUUUUUCAAAAUAUAUUCCGGCCUCCCACAAGGUCUGAGGGACAGUGGACCGGCCCCCUACUGAAAUAGUUUGCUGACCCCUGGUCUACACUGACGGGCAGCAGCUCUCCAGUAUUCAGGCAGGAGCCUCUGCUAGCCCUGCCUGGACAUGCUGGUAUGCUUUCAAACUGUUGGGUUGGCAGGAGCUGGGACAAAACAACGGGAGCUCACCCUGUCAUGCGGAUUUGAACCACCGACCAUCUGCUUGCAAGACCACCUAUCAGGAAUGUUGUAAUGGUAGGGUUUUUCAUGCAUUGAUGGGUUGGAUUAAAUGAUAUUUUGAGAUCUAUUAUUCUUAUUCCAGAUCUCUUAUUCUUAUUCAUCAUGGCAUCAGCAAGGCAUUUGACAAGGUGCCCCAUGAUAUUCUUGUAAAGAAGCUGGUAAAAUGUGGUCCUGACUAUGCUACCACUCAGUGGAUUUGUAACUGGCUGACUGACCGAACCCAAAGGGUGCUCAUCAAUGGUUCCUCUUCAUCCUGGAGAAGAGUGACUAGUGGGGUGCCACAGAGUUCUGUCUUGGGCCCGGUCUUAUUCAACAUCUUUAUCAACGACUUGGAUGAUGGACUCAAGGGCAUCCUGAUCAAAUUUGCAGAUGACACCAAACUGGGAGGGGUGGCUAACACCCCAGAGGACAGGAUCACACUUCAAAACGACCUUGACAGAUUAGAGAACUGGGCCAAAACAAACAAGAUGAAUUUUAACAGGGAGAAAUGUAAAGUAUUGCACUUGGGCAAAAAAAUGAGAGGCACAAAUACAAGAUGGGGACACCUGGCUUGAGAGCAGUACAUGUGAAAAGGAUCUAGGAGUCUUGGUUGACCACAAACUUGACAUGAGCCAACAGUGUGACGCGGCAGCUAAAAAGCCAAUGCAAUUCUGGGCCGCAUCAAUAGGAGUAUAGCAUCUAGAUCAAGGGAAGUAAUAGUGCCACUGUAUUCUGCUCUGGUCGGACCUCACCUGGAGUACUGUGUCCAGUUCUGGGCACCACAGUUCAAGAAGGACACUGACAAACUGGAACGUGUCCAGAGGAGGGCAACCAAAAUGGUCAAAGGCCUGGAAACGAUGCCUUAUGAGGAACGGCUAAGGGAGCUGGGCAUGUUUAGCCUGGAGAAGAGGAGGUUAAGGGGUGAUAUGAUAGCCACGUUCAAAUAUAUAAAAGGAUGUCACAUAGAGGAGGGAGAAAGGUUGUUUUCUGCUGCUCCAGAGAAGCGGACACGGAGCAAUGGAUGCAAACUACAAGAAAGAAGAUUCCACCUAAACAUUAGGAAGAACUUCCUGACAGUAAGAGCUGUUCGACAGUUCACACACAAGGAGUGUGGUGGAGUCUCCUUCUUUGGAGGUCUUUAAGCAGAGGCUUGACAACCAUAUGUCAGGAGUGCUCUGAUGGUGUUUCCUGCUUGGCAGGGGGUUGGACUCGAUGGCCCUUGUGGUCUCUUCCAACUCUAUGAUUCUAUGACCAUCCACAUGUAGCUUUUUAAACUGGCAGAAAAAGUGAGGGUUGAGUGUGUCACUAUAGUCUGUGUCUUGGCUCUGUGACCUCGAUUUGUGGAUGAUGGCUGUGGCUGACUGAUGCAGUAAUUGAAGCCCCAAGCUUUAGUGGCUGAGUACUGAGUCUUGGCCCAGAAAAUGAGAUCAUAUGUGUGUUCUGUUGUUGUACCUUGUUUGAACAAAUGGCCCUUUGGCCCUUUCAUGCAGCACACAAUUAAACUACGGCACUCUCCCACAGGAGGCAGUGAUGGCCACCAAUGUAGAUGGCUUUAAAAAAGAGUUGAACAAAUUAAUGGAGGAAAUUCAUGGAGCCAUGAUGGCUAUGCUCUGUCUCCACAGUUGGGGCAGUAACGCUUCUGAAUGCCAAGUGCUGGAAGUCACAGGAGGGGAAAGGGCUCUUGUUCUCGAACCCGGAUUGCAGGUUUCCCACAAGCAUCUGGUUGGCCACUGUGAGAUCAGGGUGCUGGAACAGAUGGGCUGUUGGCCCAAUCUAUUAUUUAUCAUUAUUAUUAUUUAGUAAAUAUCUAUCUAUUGCCCUUCAUCUGAAAAUCACAGGGCGUUUUACAACAUAAUCCCCACUCCGCCAUGAAGCUCACUGGGCGACCUUGGCCCAGUCACCAUCUCUUAGCCUAACCUAAUUCACACGGUUGUUGUGAGCACAAAAUGGGGAGGAGGAGAACCAUGUACACCACUUUGAGAUCCAUGGAAGAUAAAGGUGGUAUAUAAAUGUAACUCCUCAAAUAUCUUUGUGUCCCCAUCCUGCAGCAGUCUCUCUUAACAUUAGAUCUGUAAUCUUAUAUGGUAAAGGUAAAAGCUAAAGGACCACUGGACGGUUAAGUCCAGUCAAAUUGGACUAUGGGGUAUGACGCUAAUCUCGCUUCAGGCUGAGGGAGCUGAUGUUUGUCAUGUGGCCAGCAUGGCUAAACCGCUUCUGGCACAACGGAACACUGUGAAAGAAGCCAGAGCACAGAAAUGCUGUUUAGCUUCCUGCUGCAGCAGUACCUAUUUAUCUACUCGUGCUGGUAUGCUUUCAAACUGCUAGAUUGGCAGGAGCUGGGACAAAACAAUGGGAGCUCACCCUAUCAUGCGGAUUUGAACCACUGACCUUCUGAUUGGCAAGUCCAAGAGGCUUGGUGGUUUAGACCACAGCGCCACCUGUGGCCCCUAAUCUGCUAUGGAGGAUUAGGGGGCCCCCUACUAUUUGCUCAAUGUGCACUUUUGACUGAGGUCAAGCAAACAGGGCCAUUUAUGCCAUUGCAGUUAAAAUAAUAAUCAUAAUAAGUUGGUUAAAAUCACCAUAAGCAACUUGUGGGACGCAUGAAGAGGAGGAAAUGCCAGCAGCACUGUCUUUAAAGUGCAAUCUACAGGAAAUAAUAGACCAAAAGGAUAAUCCUAAAGGCUCUGGUAGGAAAUAAAUGGCACUGUGUUGUUGACGGGAAAAGAUCUUGGCAAAACUGUUGUGACUGUUCCUGUGGCUUAGAAAGGAAUUUCCUACUGACUGGACUAACCAUUAAAUAUGUCUCUGCUUCUAGGAGGAGUUCGGUGAAGCUUUCCCAGAGAAAAUGUCAACUUUGGCCAUGGAAGCGCAGGGUCUUGACGAGAGAGGAAGUUUUUUUAAGGUAACUGAAAAGUUGUUACUUUAUUUUGAGUAGGGAGACAUUUUUUUCUUUGACAUGUAAGGUACUUAUCUGUUAACUGCUAAUUCCUUUCCAUCCUCAUUAUUUAGACAAAGCUACAGUAAGAAAACCUGGCUUUUGAACCAUUGGAAUUUUUAUUUCUGCAGUUCUAGACUUUUGUAAUCUUAACAGAAUAGAAUAAACAAUGCUAUGUGCUGUAUUUGAAUCUGAUGCUGUGGCCAUUUGAUAAGAGAUCCAGCUAUGUGCUCAUUUGUAAACAUGCUGCUAUUUUCAAUUUAGCUAGAAUCUAGAUAUUCCAGUGUCUGUUAAAUAAUUCUGUGAUUUUUAUAUAGGCAAAUACACACUGGUCUCAGCAACUAUUAGUUUAGAAUGCAGGCAUGUACACACGGAAGCUGAAGUUUAAAGCUCAAGGAUGAUUAAUAGAUUGCUGGAGAGCUUUCAGUUUCUGCUGAAAACUUCCUUGAUUUCGGGCAUUUGUCAUUUUACUUUGAGACUGUAUGUGAACAGCCAGCAGUGGCAUGAUUUAUUCUAAGGAAGAUGACUUCAACAGUUUACCACUUAAAAUAAUGAAACUGGAAACUUUUGCUUAUGGUCCGGUCCUUCAAAUGCACUUCAGCUAUGGAAUCGUUCCGUAGAAAUUGAAGCCAGUUUCUGUGCUUGGCAAGUGGGGCUGAUCUGUCCAGACAUUCAGGGGUGGGAGUGAGGGUGUGGGUGGAAGCAGACUGUAAAACAAUGAUGUUUCCAGGCUAUAUCGGGGCCUGCUUCCUGUCAUUGUCCCACUCUCAACAGGGGCAUAAAAUGGGCAAGCUGUACUGUAGGGAUGCUCUGUUUCAGUAGAGAUGUCAUGGAGCAGAAUAUCAUAAGAGUAUGUGGUAGCACCCCCACCCCCACCCCAUCCACCCAGGGGGAAAAAGAAAAUCCCACUGGAAAGAUUCUUUGUGUUGCUUGUGAAAACUGCUAUUGCAUCCAAGGGUCCCACUGUUGUUGUUAAUAUUUAUAAUUAUAAAGUAUCAUGAAUGUGCACAUUACAGAGGAACAAAAAGCCAGGAACUCAGCUAGAUAGGUAAAGAAAAAGCAUUUUUUAUAUAAUACUGUGACACCAGAUGGCGCUGUGGCGUCCUGUCUUUCCCUACCGGAUUUCCUGGUAUGAGUUUACAAUGUGUUUAACAGAAUCGCUUCUUUGACAUGUCUAGAUCCAGCCCAGGUCUUUGUCCUGCAGAGCCUGAGAUUUUAAACUGAUGCUUAAACAGCCACAGAUCAUCAGUAAUCUCUUGAAAGUUUGUUUAGAACCCUUACCUAAAGGGAGCUUCUCACUGUACUUGACCAAUACAUUUAAUGCCUGCAUACUCUUCUUAUGGGUGGCGCUGGGACGCGGGUGGCGCUGUGGGUAAAACCUCAGCACCUAGGACUUGCUGAUCGCAUGGUCGGCGGUUCGAAUCCCCGCGGCGGGGUGAGCUCCCGUUGUUCGGUCCCAGCUCCUGCCCACCUAGCAGUUCAAAAGCACCCUUAAGUGCAAGUAGAUAAAUAGGUACCGCUUUAUAGCGGGAAGGUAAACGGCGUUUCCGUGUGCUGCGCUGGUACUGGCUCACCAGUGCAGCUUCGUCACGCUGGCCACGUGACCCGGAAGUGUCUGCGGACAGCGCUGGCUCCCGGCCUCUUGAGUGAGAUGAGCGCACAACCCUAGAGUCGGUCACGACUGGCCCGUAUGGGCAGGGGUACCUUUACCUUUACCUUUUACUCUUCUUACACCAGGAUUUUCUGCAGCAUGUAAAAAGCAUUUACACAUCUUUAAACACCCAUGCGCACAUGUCUGAGGACCAAACCAGAUGUGAUAUCAUUCACAUAAUUAGCAAUGGCUUGAAUAGUUGUUGUUUUUAGCAAAACUCAGAGACACAGGGGUCCCAAGCUGGAUCAGAACCUUUCUGGGUGGGUGGGGAUGCUUUAUCCCUUUGCCCUGCGCUGUAGUCCCAAUCUGGAUUUGGCCACCUGCACCUGCUGUUUGCAUUGGGGGGGAGAGCUCCUAUUGGUGCCAAUGGAAGCUUUUCUCUUGCAGCAAGUAGCAGGUGUGGAGGACUUGAUCCAGACUGCAGCAGGAGACAAAAGGAUUAAAGCCUUUCUCCCCACCAAAGUUCUGAUUUGUAUCCCUCCAUGAUUGCUAUUUACUCAUUUAAAACAAACAAACAAACAAACAAACAAACUCUCCAGUGCAAUUGCUUACUGCAUGGAUGGUGUCAUUUGAGUUUGACCAUGAGAAUUUGGAUCGGUCUAAGAUCCACAAAAGUCACGCGCAAAGGUGUAUGUCACCCAGACUUCUGUAUUUGCCACAGGAAACACUGAGGGAAGACUGUUGAAUAUGGGGGGGGGGGGGGGUUACGUAUAUAAAGUGUAGAGCUGCUCCAGUUUUGAAACCUGUUUACACAGCAGAGUGUACUUUGACAAUGCUGUAUUAGCUCUUCUUCAGAUUUUAAUGAGGUGUCUAUUCUUUACUGUCUUGAUGCUUGUAGUAACUAGCUCUCAGAUCUACUACACAUUCUACUUCACAUUUGUCCUAUUAAAAACAGCAUAAAACACUUAGUUACAGCAAUUAAUGUUUAAUUAUUUUUAAAUUAUUGUUUCCAAUGUUUUUAGCUGUUCUUACUUUAUCUGUAAGUCGCCUUGAGUCUCUUUCAGGGAAAAUGGCAGGGUAUAAAUAAAUACAAAAUAAAUGUAUAAUAUAUUACAGCAAGUUACCACGGGUUCUGAAAAACCCUGCUUAUAGCCCUCUUGCUGUAAAUUUAUUCAAUUCAUUACUCUUCCCCAGCUGCCUAUUUUCUUGCAAGAAUUUAGUCCAUCUAGUAUGCAUGCGAGACAGAAUGUUAGGAAUAAAUUCCUGAUUUACAGCUCAAAGCACUGACUGGAUAUUGCAAAAUUAAAACUACCGUAUUUUUCGCUCUAUAGGACACACCUUGUUUUAGAGGGGGAGAACAAGAAAAAAAAUUCUCCCCCUCUCUGCGCAGCGCCCCUUCAGCAAAGUGGCAGGAGAAACGGAGCCCCUUCCAUUUCUCUUGCAGCUUCGCUGAAGGGGCGCUGCGCAGAGAGGGGGAGAAUUUUUUUUCUUGUUCUCCCCCUCUAAAACAAGGUGCGUUCAGUGCGUUCAAGGUGCUGUUCAGUCGCCUUCAGUGAAGGCAACCCGAAGCCUCCAGAGGGCAGCUAACUUGAAAUUUUUUUGAAAUUUUUAAUCAUAUUAAUUCUUUUAAUCACUUUUUUAAAAAAUUCAAUUUUGUAACUUAAAUUUAAAAUUUAAAGUAAGUCCAUACCAUAUUAAAGCCCAUGAAGUUCUGAAGAGAUUGGUGUUUUUAGUUUUGAUGUAUCUCAAUCCUGGGCUGAGCUUUUAAGGUUUUUGUGUAGUCUGGUAAGGCCAAAUUUGUAAUUUUUUAAACAAAAUUCAAACCCUCUUAACUCACAAAUGGGAUGAGAUAAAAAAUUAAAAAUUUAGAUUUAAACUUAGUUUUGAUCAUUUAACAAGUAUGCAAAAUAUUAAGAAAAUUGAAUGGCACGAGGUAAAAAAGUUGGAUCACUUGAUAUGGAAUGAUUUUGCUGAUCUCAUUCUGUAACAUCAGUCUAAUUUUUGAACUUUGUUUGUUCUCACCCCCUUCUUUGUCUAACACCUUGCCCCAUGCUUCUGUGACUUUUGGGUUGGUCCCAAUAAAGGUAUCACCCAGUUGUGAGUCUUUCCUGUCAUUGCCUUAACAAUUUACUGUUGUUUUUUUUUCAAACAUUGCAAAUUGUGGACAAAAUGGAUUGCUUCAAGAAGUGGCAGAGAGACAUCUCUAGAUUUGUCUGGCAAGAAGCCCAGAAUAAAAUUUAAGAUAUUAACUGAUGCAAAGGAAAGGGGUGGAUUUGCCCUGCCAGACUUUAAACUUUACUAUGAAUCAGCAGCUUUUUGCUGGUUGAAAGAAUGGCUGCUUCUUGAAAACACUGACAUUUUGGACCUAGACGGUUUUAAUAAUGUAUUUGGAUGGCAUGCAUAUCUGUGGUAUGAUAAGGUCAAAGCGCACAAAGCAUUUAAAAAUCAUAUUGUCAGGAAAGCAUUGUUUAAUGUUUGGAUAAGAUACAAGGAUUUAUUGGAAAACAAAACCCCAAGGUGGCUGUCACCGAUGGAAGCGAAAGCUCUGAAAAGGCUCAAUAUGGAGGCCAAAUGGCCGAAAUAUUGGGAAAUUUUGGAAGAAGAUGGGGAUAGACUGAAAUUACAGAGUUUUGAGAAAUUAAAAAACAAAGUGCGAGACUGGCUUCAUUAUUACCAGAUAAUGGAGGCAUAUAAUUUGGACAAGAAAAUUGGUUUCCAGGUGGAAAAAUCAAAAUUAGAAACAGAACUGUUAGAACCCAAAACUAAGAUUUUGUCAAAGAUGUAUAACUUGCUGUUGAAAUGGAAUACUCAGGAUGAAACGGUGAAAUCUGCUAUGAUCAAAUGGGCACAAGAUGUUGGACAUAACAUAAUGAUGGCUGACUGGGAACAGUUAUGGACCACAGGUAUGAAGUUUACGGCAUGUAAUGCCUUAAGAGAGAAUAUUAUGAAAAUGAUAUACAGGUGGUACAUGACACCAGUCAAGCUUGCAAAAAUUUAUCAUUUGCCCGAUAACAAAUGUUGGAAAUGUAAAGAAACUGAAGGUACAUUCUUUCACCUUUGGUGGACGUGCCCAAGGAUUAAGGCUUUCUGAGAGAUGAUAUAUAAUGAAUUGAAAAAGGUAUUUAAAUAUACCUUCUUGAAGAAACCAGAGGCCUUUCUCCUGGGCAUAGUCGGUCAAUUGGUGCCAAAGAAGGACAGAACUUUUUUAUGUAUGCCACAACAGCAGCAAGAAUACUCAUUGCAAAGUAUUGGAAGACACAAGAUCUACCCACUCUGGAAGAAUGGCAGAUGAAGGUGAUGGACUAUAUGGAAUUGGCGGAGAUGACUGGCAGAAUCCGAGACCAGGGAGAAGAGUCGGUGGAAGAAGAUUGGAAGAAAUUUAAGGACUGUCUACAGAAAUAUUGUAAAAUUAAUGAAUGUUAGAAUGAUGUUGGAUAGAAAUUAAGUGGUUUUCAGCUGUAAUACUAUAAGGGAAUAUGAAAAAUGGAUUAUUAAUAGGUAAAAAUUUAACGUUACAAUAUUUUAAGAUUAAAGAUUAGGAUAAACAAAGAGGGUAAGGAUUUGCUGAACCAACAAACUGAACUGGAAUACAAAAAAGGGCGGCGUGAGGAGGUCCGGGAAAUAAGCUAAUGAAAAAUAAGUAAUGGAAAGAUUGAGUUGUUUUUUGCCAUUUUUAUUUUUGUACUUUUUUCUUCUUUUGUUUUUGUUUCGUAACAUUUUGAAAAUCUUAAUAAAUAUCUUUUAAAAAAAAAAUUAAAAAAUUUUUGCCACAGAGCAUUUGAAGCUACCCAUAUUUAGAUUCACCUUGAAUCAGUUCUGGUGUUUUCAGCUUGACUGCUCACUGUGAAAAGAAAAAGGGGGAAGCCAUUAUUAUUUGGAUAAAUGGAAAUACAGUCAUACCUCGGGUUGAAUGCGCUUCGGGUUGAGCGUGUUCGAGUUGCGCUCCGCGGCAACCCAGAAGUAACGGAGUGCAUUUGCCGCAUGCACAGAUGCUCAAAAUGACGUCACGCACAUGGGCAGAAGCGGCGAAAAGCAACGCGCGUGUGCGCAGACGUGCCAUUUCUAGUUACAUUUGCUUCUAGAUGCGAACGGGGCUCCAGAACAGAUCCCGUUCAUAUCCAGAGGUACCACUGUACAGUAUGCUUUGUAACGUCGUAGGAGAACAAUGUGUGGUUCCACUCUUAAUGACUGUAUUUGCAGUGGAAUGUUUUGUAUGUGCUACCGCAGAGCAAACUUUUUCAGCAAACUUUUUGUUAGCAAACUUUUUCAGCAUGGGGCCGGUCCACUGUCCCUCAGACCUUGUAAGGGGCCGAACUAUAUUUUGGGGGGGAAAUGAAUGAAUUCCUAUGCCCCACAAAUAACCCAGAGAUGCAUUUUAAAUAAAAGCACACAUUCUACUCAUGUAAAAACACACUGAUUCCCGGAUCGUCCCUGGGCCGUAUUGAGAAGGCGAUUGGGCCAGAUCUGGCCCCCGGGCCUUAGUUUGCCUACCCAUGGCUAGGGCUUGCCGAUCGGAAGGUCGGCAGUUCAAAUCCCUGUGACGGGGUGAGCUCCCGUUGCUCAGUCCCAGCUCCUGCCAACGUAGCAGUUCAAAAGCACGCCAGUGCAAGUAAAUAAAUAGGUAGUGCUGCAGUGGGAAGGUAAGCGGUGUUUCCAUGCACUGCUCUGGUUUCACCAGAAGCGGCUUAGUCAUGCUGGCCACAUGACCCGGAAAAACUGUCUGCGGACAAACACCGGCUCCCUCGGCCUUUAAAGCGAGAUGAGCACCGCAACCCGAGUCGUUUGCAACUGAACUUAACUGUCAGGGGUCCUUUACCUUUACCUUUUUACUGGAAAGAGGUGUGUCAGAUGCCUGCAUAGUGGACUUCUGAUUGGUGGUGAAUGCACAAGCAGAGGAGAUAGAAGUAAAAUAUUAAAGUUAUGUUUUAUAUAGCGUUCAUUUCUGCACUGCUGUGUGAAGAUGGAGUUUGCUCAGAAUGAAAUACUGCUUGUAUCAUCCAUGCUUAGAGCUUGUGGUGUGGAUCCCUCUGGUGGACAGAACUGUGAAAGAUACACUCUUUAAAGAGCCCAAGAUUCCAUCAUACCCAAACAAAAGCCAGAUUGUAUGUGGCUGGCUGCUCAAUUCUCAGUUGCUCCCAUUGAAAGAUACAGGCUUUGCCUCACACUCAGCAAUCUGCAAUGUGGAGUAUAGCGACAGCAACACUGUCCAUCACCCCCCAGACACUUGCAGGGGGCAAGUUAUUCUAUUCCAGCAGUAUAAGUACACCCUGAGUACUUUUAGCUGAGUGAUUACCAUUCACUGCUGUGGUAAAAAUAAAAUAAAUUACUGCACUGGGGGCAACUUCACAGUGGGAGUAAAUUAUCUCUGUCUGGUGGGCUGCCUGGCUCCGUUUACUGUGAAUCUAUGGGGACCCCUGUGCACCCCAGGGGUUUCUGUAACAUAAUAUAUUUCACCUCCCACAUGAACCUGUGUUCUGACUAUGAUAACAACAGACAUUUUGAGGCCUGUAUAGCUAAAUUGUUGCCUUUAUCAAUUGGUGAUGCUAAAUUGCAGCACAGUGUGCUUUUGUGUCCAGCAGGGGUCACAUGAGCACUAGAAGCUCCAGCAGAACAACAGUAGCCCAGGCCACAGCUUCACAGAUGUGGUGAGCAGGCAUUGUCUUCAGGGUUCCUUGCCUGUGCAAGUUGUGCCUUGCUAGGUUAGACUGAUACCUACUUUCUAAGAGUCUCAGAAGACACUAGAAAUGGACCCGGGGUUUGUGUCCUACCUUCCAUAACACCCCAACCAUCCUCAUUCCUUCUGUAAUGGUUUGAAGUCUUUGACAGAAAUCCCUCAGAAGUGAAAUUGUGCCCUUGAGCACCAUCCCAUAUUCACCAAAUGUGCCAUUGUGAACAAACCUGUUCAGCUUUCAAAGGAACCAGGGUAGCAGAAGUGGUGUAAUAGAGCAGAAGGAUUGCUGUAUUGUGAAAGUACUAAUGGAGAGGAUAUUAAGGGUUUUCUCAACAAAAUAACAUAUAAUCCAGGCUUUAUUAUUAGUGUUCUGUGUAAAUUGCUACUAUAUUAUUACUACUAUAUUUUGUCAAAAUCUUCUGCUUCUGCUUCAGAAUACCGUUUAAUUCCUGCAUGUGCUUAAGAGGUAUCAACGGUCAAAUGAAUUGCCAGGAUUUUUAGUAAAAGAGAAUUAUGUUUUUGUUUAAUACAUGGAUCUCUUGUAUUUUAACCAAUGUAGCAUUGAGAAUAUAGACACUGGAACAUUAUAGUGGGGAAUUACGGUAAUUUUUCCUAGGGGUGGACCAGCAGAUUUCAAGUCUGUUAAAUGUUGCAAAUUACUUUGUAUUUUUUUAUAUAAAAAACCAGGGGAUGCCACCCCUGCUCGUGUUACUUGCCAACCAUUCACAGCUUGUCUAUAUAUUUCCAUCUUUGUUUUAUUCAAACUUCUGCUGUUGUUUGAAACCACAAUUUUAAAACCUGCCUUCUCUUUUGUUCCCCCGCCCUGACCGUGCAGACUACAAAUUCUCCAGUGAGGGCUACGUGACAACAGCCUGACAUUUUUGUGUAUAUAGGGAUAAAUACCUUUGUUUACAGUAGAGGUAGGGAACCUGUGGCCUUCUAGGUGUUGGUGGACUAUAGUAUUUGACCCUGCUAAGAGAAAGAGUGUACGAUAGGAGUGCCUGGCAUGCUCUGGUCCAUGGGGUCACGAAGAGUCGGACAUGACUAAACAACAACAAAGAGAAAGAGAAACAUGGAUAGAAAAGUACCCUUUGGUUACCAUCAACCAAGACCUCAAAUAAACUUUAAAAUAAAGGCGAAUUCAUUCCUUACUCAUGCUUAGGGCCUUGCUGCGUUGACAGGGGAGCAGGCCUGUGCUUUUAGCCUUGUCCCUGACAUUGUUGUGCCUUUCUGCGACAGCUGUGUGUUAGGCACGGUUGUCUGCAGUGAAAUUCCAAUGUGCACACGCCUGCUUGUGUUGUUGAGGCUCCUGCAGCUGGAACACCUGCACAAUUCUGCAGUGGUGUCCUGAUAGUUCAUAGCUGCCACUUAAGCAGCAGCUCAUGCACUGGAAUUUCACUUCACACAGUUGAACACAGUAUGUGGUUGUUACAGAAAAGGAGCACCAGUGUUGGUGGCACAGCUUAAAAGCUCUCCAUCAACACAGUGAGGCCUACACAAAAGCAAUUUAUAAAUGGGGCUUAGCUGGUCCCCCUUUGAUUUUUGGUAAUAGUUUUCCAAAAAUGUUAACAAUAAAACCUAGCCAGAAGUAAAACAGCUACAGGCAGGCUUCAUGGAAUCGAACUUGAAAGACGAUAAAUUACAGAUAUCAGUGUAACAAUUACUUGAUAUUUAUAGGGUGGAGCAGCACUUCAGAUACUUUCCAUCUGUACUUUCCAUACAUUUUCUAAAAACAGAUAACAAGUGGCAAAGGAAGGGUCUGGCCUGGUUUGGUUCUUAGAAACUCUGUUCUAUUUAUUGAUGCAACUCAUUUCACUAGAUGUUCCUAGCUGGGACUGAACAGUGGAAUCAGUUUGGCCUUUCCAGUGUGAGGCAACCUCUGUUCUGGCAGGAAAUCAGAUACUGUUUUUUCCGGCAAAACAAAUAACUUUGCUUCAGUAGUAUUUCACAUUAAUUUGGUAGAAUGUCGAAAGAGCUGUCUUUCCCCUUCAUAUGGAGGGUGUAGCAAACUCCCUUCCCAUCUCACAUAAGUGAAUAAUUAAGGGAGCCAUCCUAUACUCAGGAAGCUGGCACAAAGCAAGUGGCUUUAAGCGAAGCCACUGCAAAGUUGCACAAGAUCCAAACUCUAUUCAGCAGUUGGGCUACUGGUAGCUAAGCCAGACAAAGCCUGGCAGAGGGAAAACAAGCCUUUAAAAUAGUGUUUGAUUUACAUCACCCUUUUUUGCUAGCUUAACUUCAUAUGCUCAAGCUGAGCAGGCUAGGAUCCAGCCUAAGCACGCAUACCCCCCCUCCUGCUGGUCCUCCCCCCAGAAUGCCCCCUUUUAAGGACUUAAACCAGCUUGGGCUCAGCUCAGCCAACUGGAGAGUCAUUGGUGUCCCUCGAGCCGAGCUGAGGAUUGCUACUUCCACUGGCGUGAGCUGGCUGUGCUGGAAGCCUCCUCACUCAGCCGGAGAUUCUCUGGAUCCUGCCUUCUCAUCCCAGCAGAUCUUGCUAUAGGAUUUCUCCCUAUGUGCCCAGCUUAACAUUUCUUAUAAGGAUGAUUGAGGAAAUGCUUUUUCGUAGCUUUUAUGAUAUUUUGUUGGGGUUUUGUGUAAGUCUCUUAAUGGAUUAUUUUUUGCUGGAGAGGCCUCAUAUAAAUCUUUUAAAUAAAUGUUACCACCUGUUGUUAAUGUAUUUAGUUUUGUAUUCCUGGGUUGUAAUCUGACCCAUUCUAUAAGCCUCCACGAGGCUUAUCCUGGUCUCUUUUCCUUCAGGAAAGGGAAGUCAAAAUGGAAAGGAGCAAAACAGGUUGUAAUCUUGAGUGACCCAUUUUGCCUACUAUUUUAUUGCCACACCUCUUCCACUUGUUUGACGUCAUACUGUUUUUGCCCUUUCUCUAGCUGAUUGACACAAUCGCUUCAGAAAUCGGAGAACUGAAACAAGAAAUGGUGCAAACAGAUCUGGUGCUAGAAGAUGGACCCACCAGUUUACAAAGGUUAGUAGCAUUAUAUGGCAAGCAUUUGGUGUGGUUGUGCUACAGAGGUCAAGAAGGUGAUGUCUUCCACCAUGCUGAUUAGUUUUUAGUACUACAACUAUGAAAUACUACUUGGUACUUUGGCUAAGGUUAAAGCAGUUUUCCAUUGACAGUGACUGGUGAUCAAAACUGUUGUGUGUUCAUUCUUUUUAUUUGCUCUUGUAGUAAUUUAGUGGUUACUGGGACAUAGUUGUUCAACUUAAAACUAAUAGCAUGUAGAGUCUUUAAGAACUGAAUGUAGAAAUGAAUGUAGCUUUCAGGUUUAGCUACUGAGAGAUUUCAGCCAAAAUUACAAAAGUGCAUGCACUUUUUAUUUCAUGAAUAUAUUGAGGGCAGUGAAGGUUUAGACAGGAAAUAAUUGUUCUGUAUGUAGAAUUUAUGCUACCUUUUAAACCAGAUCUGAGAUACUAUUUGUGUUUAAACUACUGUUAAUUUCAGUAAGAACUGAGAUUCUCAUAAUUUACAAACUAGUUUGAAAAAUUUCAGAUGGGAAUAGUGCCCUUUCUGUUUUUCUGCAUAACUGCUGAUGCUCUGGUAUAUCUUUGAAUGAAGUCCUGCUGCUGACCAGUAAACUGAAAGAUCGUGGGUCAAGCUGAAGUUCAUUUUGGAUGAGAAUGCCAGCCUGGCAUGUGCAAUGGAAGCCUGGCUAGAUGAGGUGUGGGAAAUUAAUCGCUUUCCAGCUUUGCCCGGCAGACUUCCUAACAGAGUAGCCAAUUAGCCCUGGGGAAACAGCAGCAGAAGUGCAAUCACCCGUUCAUAAAACUAAGUACUGGCCAGGCCUGGUCCCUCCAUGAGGCAGGUGGAGGCAGCCUCCUCAGGCGGAGGCAGGCGCGCUAGCUUGGCCCUGUGACCAUGGGUGCUGGGCCCGUGCAUGCUGCAGAGGCUGUGCACGCGGCGUCAGCACAUCGUGAGGCGUGUGCAUCAGCACACCCAGCAGUGUGCACGAGUGACAUCAGCACGCCCCAUGGCGUCACUCGUGCACGCCGCCAGGCAGGCUGAUGUCGCACGUGCAUGCCCGGCUGCCCGCUACUGCAAUUUGCCUGGCCCCUUCAUGGAAAAUGUUGUGGGCCCCAGGGAGCCAGUGCUAAUGGGUGGAGGAAUACAAGGAACACUUCCGCGAGAGCUCAUGCGCCACCGCCAUAGAAGUGAAGAGAAGCCAGAAGUCACAGCUGCACAACUCCUGUGAGAGGGGCUUCAGCGGGGGUGGCACACAGCAUGAGCACAGGGUGACACCUUCCCAUUUCACCUCAGGCAGCAAAAGAGGAUGGGCUGCCCAGUCUUUGGCAGCUGCUGAGUUUUGAGUGUGACACUCCAAGAUGCUGGUGUGCCAUCUACCUUGCGGCUCCAUCAUCUUCCUUCCAGGCUUGUUGAGGUGGUCUUAGGGCGAAGUUAAACUUAUUAUCCUAGGCCAGUGUUUUUAACCCUUGACCAACUACAUGCUUUCUCUGGCUCCCCUGUGGAAGCCACUUACACUAGGGUUCUGUUGCAGUAAGUGAGGAUUUCCUCGUUCUGCUUCUGCCCCACCCCUUUUCGGUGCCAUUUUUGGCACAUGUGUAAGUGGGAGCACAUUUGACAACAGGAACCCAAGCAAUGCACCUGCUCUUCAGGGCUGAGCCCCAGGGCUGAGGUGACACAGGGCUGCUCCUCAGGGCUGCUCUUCCCAGACUUAGUGUGCACAUGAUGAGAGGCAUGGAGAGGGCAAAACAAGGUUAAGAUCAGAAGCAGAAAUAUUUUGUUAUUGUGGAGAAGGAAAGCGUGAAACACACAGCACAGGAAACACAUGCAAACAUGGUCCUUUCCUGCAACACAGAAGACACUCCUCACUUUGAGGGUGAAUUUUUAAAUUCCCUAGUUUUGGGGCUGAAACUGCCUUGGUCAUCUUGUUUUCUGACAUACGCUGGGAAUAGACAGCAGGAUUGUGUCAUUUUUGCUCUGUUGGACCUCUCAGUAGCUUUUAAUACCAUCAGCCAUGAUUUCCUCCUGGACCACCCAGCUGAGUUGGACCUAAGUAAUCUUACCUGAAGGGCAGGUUUCUGCAGGUGAUGCUGGGGAGUUCUACUUUGCUGUUGUUCAUUCUUUCAGCAUCCAUAUAAAACAACUAGGAGAUGCUGUCUGUAGUGCAUUAAUGUACAAAGAAAACCCAGCAUUUUCCAUUCUACUCCAUGCAGGCAGUAGAAACCUUUGAUCAGUGUAUGGAGGCUGCGAAGGGCUGGCAGGUGGCCAACGAACUGAGACUUAAUUCAAGGCAAGAUAGAGGAGGUAGAGUUGAACACUUGGAAAGCUGUUGUGAGCUGGGACAUUGUUUCUUCUGGAUGGGGUGGUACUCCUUCUGAAUGGUGUGGUGUGUACUUUGUACCUUGCCCUUUGCAUGUCAAGGUAGUGUCCAUGGCCAACAUUUGUGCUUUUUGACUGGUGCACCAACUAUGACUCAUCUUAGAGAAAGCAGAUCUGGUCGUAGUAUGUUUGCACCGCAUACAGGUUGACUAUUACCAUGUGCUGUACUUGGGGCUGCCUGGGAAGGCAGUUUGGAAACUACAGCUGGUGAAAAAUGCUACUGCCAGGGUAAUGUCGGUUACUUGGAAUAAAUAAAUCCUUUUCUUUUGGAGGUGGACUAGCUCCUUGUUUGUUUCCAGGCUCAGUUCAGACUGCUGGUUCUGACCUUUAAUGUCCUGAACAGUGUUGAUCCAUGGUAUCUAAAGCAUCACUUACCUCUAUAUAAAACUGACAAAUAGAAGGGGAAGAAAUGGAGGCAGUGAGAGAUUUUACUUUCUUGGGCUCCAUGAUCACUGCAGAUGAUGACAGCAGUCACAAAAUUAAAAGAUGCCUGCUUCUUGGGAGAAAAGCAAUGACAAACCUAGACAGCAUCCUAAAAAGCAGAGACAUCACCUUGCCAACAAAGGUCUGUAUACUUAAAGCUAUGGUUUUCCCAGUAGUGAUGUAUGGAAGUGAGAGAUGGACCAUAAAGAAGGCUGAUUGCCAAAGAAUUGAUGCUUUUGAAUUAUGGUGCUGGAGGAGACUCUUGAGAGUCCCAUGGACUGCAAGAAGAUCAAACCUCUUCAUUCUUAGGGAAAUCAGCCCUGAGUGCUCACUGGAAGGACAGAUCGUGAAGCUGAGGCUCCAAGACUUUGGCCACCUCUUGAGAAGGGAAGACUCCCUGGAAAAGACCCUGAUGUUGGGAAAGAUGGAGGGCACAAGGAGAAGGGGAUGACAGAGGACGAGAUGGUUGGACAGUGUUCUCGAAGCUACCAGCAUGAGUUUGACCAAACUGUGGGAGGCAGUGGAAGACAGGCGUGCUCUGGUCCAUGGGGUCAUGAAGAGUCGGACACGACUAAACGACUAAACAACAACAAUAUAAAACUUUGUUUUCCAGUUGAGAACUUCAUGGAGGCUGUAUUUCUCAUAUCAUCAUUGCCAGAAGUUAGGUUGGGAAGGGCUCUGUGCAGCAGAGGUGGGACAACAGAUGCCUGUGCCUAUAUCUGCCUUUGACUGAACUUAACCAUCCAGGGGUUCUUUACCUUUACCUUCACCUUACAGCCCAUUGGUACAGUUGGGAGCUCUUCCACUGUGCUGACCUGGUGUGCAUUACUGAGACAUGGAUGGCAAAGAUGGGUGGGUCACAUCUUACCCAGGUCUGUCAUACAGGGUGCUUGGUGCAGCACCAAUCCAGGCUAGAGGACCAGGGAGGUGGGGCUGUCGUAGUUCACUGUAGUUUGUUCUUACUUAAUGGGAAAUGUGCUUUAGAGUGGGACUAGAAAACCUGUAUCUGAAGUUGGGUCUUAGAGACAGAUUAGGGCUGCUGUUGGUGUGCUGUCCACCCAGUGGCCCAACUGAGCUGGUCACAGUGGUCUUGGAGGCAUCCCAGACAAGAAUUAUGGGUGACCAACUUGGGAUUUCAUGGCCUCCAUGGCACCCAUGGGACUGUCUCAGUUUGUCAUAGGCCUGACAUACAGAGCUGGCCUAUCCUUGACUUUGUCUUUGCUCCAAGUAGGGAGAGGGAUGUUUUGAAAACAGGAAAUUGUGAUUGAAUGUUAAUUGACAUGAUUUAAUUGAUGGUAUUGUGCUACAGCUAGUUCUGCUAUAAUUGUGACCUCAUCUUUUACUAGAAUGUCAUUGUGACAAGUGCCUGCAAAGGUUGUUAAGUGUUGAGUAAAUGUCCCUACUCAACUUUUUCCAUCAUAUGGUGCACAUUUGACAGCUAGUUUGCAAAGUACAGAUACAAGUGUCUGCAUUCCCCAAUUGAACAGCAGUGGCAGAGGAGAGAACUGUUGGGCAUUGUGUACUCACUGAGGGUAAUUUCAUGCUCAUCCACCUCAUUGUGUAAGUCGCUUCCAUGUGUCUGGGUCCUGCUGGUGGCAUAUGUAUUGAGCAUGAGAUUUGGCCACAGGUGGAAAUAUGGUAGCUUCUCAUAGCAGCAAAAGGAACCAUACCAUGUCAUUGUUCCUCCUGUGAACUAGUGUUGCAGUGGACCCAACUGCACAGAUGCAGCUCCCACACUGCAGUGGUAAUGAGUAAAUCAGUGUGGAGAGGAAGUACAGCUUUGCUGUCUCUUCUCUUGAAACCAAACAGGAAGAACAGGAAUGGAAGAGAAGAGCCUUGGUACUGCCUCCUCUUCCCACUGACAAGUCUGUACGAGGAGUUAUGAAUCAUCAUUCUGCUCAAGAGGGUGGCGCUAUGUGAGUGGUGGAUGAACUGAUGAUGCUCGAGCACCAGCUUCUGCCCCUGUAAUACUUUUCUUAUUACAAAAUACUCUUACUUUCGCUGGAAUGUAAAUGCCCCCCUUCAAUGAAGCAUAGAUCAGCUGUGUAAUUGACGUGUUUGUGUACCUGCUCCAUGGUAAGUCACCUGCAAUGAGUCUUAUGGUUCCAAGUGCUCUGUUCUUGUGCUGGUGCAGUGCUAUACAAUUCUUCAUUGUGAAGUCAUUUAAUGAGUCCAUUGUGACUGGCAGAACUGGAAGAUACAUUAGAGAGAGAAAUAUCUUUAGCCUGGGAUCUUGAGGAAGCUUGUCAACAUGUCUCUAAAGUUCCCAGGCUGCUUGUCCCAGAGUCUAGUUUCUGCGUCGCUAGAUCACUUCUGUAAUAGUCACUUCUGAUGUGAGUUGCAGGAUGCUUUUCCGAGACAGUAAAAGACAACUGCAAUCAUACAUUCUAAAAUAGGCUUGUGACGGAGGGAAGAAAGUUGGACCUUCAUUGUAGUGCAGGUGUUAAAGUAUGGAAUGGAGGCAUAAGGUCUUGUGUUCCUCAAAAAAAAAAGGUAAAAUCCUGAAAGUUGUACUGGAAGCUGCAUAGAGCAUAUACAUUUGCUGGACAUUGUUUCAUUUAUAUAUCAAUGUCCAGCAAAAUAACAGCUUAUAAUACAAAUGUGUGGCUAACUUUUUGAAAAUGGGGUAAAUAGUCUAUCAUUUUAUGGUAGAACAAUAAUUAUAUAAUGUUUCAGAGUGCUCAUAGUGCUUCAUGUAUAUUAAAUCAGAAAUCUUUACAACAUCUCUGUAAGGUAAACAAGUAUAAUUAUCUCCAUACCACAGAAGUGGGGGCUUGAGUAGAAUAAGAGCCUGCUGAAGGCCACACGGAGGUGAGAUAUGAAUUAGGGACCUCCUGUACACAGAUUGCAUUACAUACCACUUGUUUGGUUGCCGCUCAUCUUAUGGUAUUAUCUAGGGUUGCCAUAUUUCAAACCAGGACACCCCAAAAGUGGUUUUUUUAGGAAACCACCCAAAUUCCCCCUGGACGUCAAUUCCGCCUUUGAAAUCCCAGUAAUGUCCAUAUGUAUGGCAGCCCUAUAUUAACAUAAUUUAUGGUAUUUCCUAACCUUGCCUCUACACCCUGUGUCCAAGAACAGGCAACAACACUCCCUAGUAAAGCUCACAAACAGCUAACUGCAAUAAGGAUUGUCUCUUCCCAUAUGAACUGACCCAGACCCUUCCAUUAUCACCAGAGGCCCUUCGUGUGCCUCCUCCAUGAGAGAUCCAGAAGAUGGCAACUUUAGAAUGGGUGGCUCCCCAUUUGUGGAAUGCUCUAUCCAGGAAGACGUGUCUGGUGCCAUUAUUAUACAGGUGAAACUCGAAAAAUUAGAAUAUCGUGGAAAAGUUUAUUUAUUUCAGUAAUUCAGCUUAAAAGGUGAAACAAAUAUAUGAAAUACUCAUGACAUGCAAAGCGAGAUAUGUCAAGCCUUUAUUUGUUAUAAUUGUGAUGAUUAUGGCGUACAGUUGAUGAAAACCCCAAAUUAAUAAUCUCAGAAAAUUUAGAAUAUUAGAUGAAAUCAGCAUAACAAGAGCAAUAUUGGACUUCUGAGAAGUAGAAGCAUGCAUAUGUACUCAGUACUUGGUUUGGGCCCCUUUUGCAUCAAUUACUGCCUCAGUGCAGCGUGGCAUGGAUGCUAUCAGCCUGUGGCACUGCGGAGGUGUUAUGGAAGACCAGGAUGCUUCAAUAGCAGCCUUCAGCUCUUCUGCAUUGCUCAGUCUCAUGUCUCUCAUCUUUCUCUUGGCAAUGCCCCAUAGAUUCUCUAUGGGGUUCAGGUCAGGCAAGUUUGGGCGUUGAACCAGGUUUUGGUACUUUUGGCAGUGUGGGCAGGUGCCAAGUCCUGCUGGAAAAUGAAGUCAGCAUCCCCAUAAAGCUCGUCUGCGGAAGGAAGCAUGAAGUGCUCCAAAAUCUCCCGGUAGACGGCUGCGUUGGCCCUGGACUUAAUGAAGCACAGUGGACCAACACCAGCUGAUGACAUUGCUCCCCAAAUCAACACAAACUGUGGAAACUUCACACUGCACUUCAAGCAUCUGGCAUUGUGUGCCUCCCCAUUCUUCCUCCAGACUCUGGGUCCUUGGUUUCCAAAUGAGAUGCAGAAGUUGAUCUCAUCAAGAAAGAGGACUUGGGACCACUGAGCAACAGACCGGUUCUUUUUUUCUUUAGCCCAGGUAAGACGCUUCUGACGUCGUUUCUUGUUCAGGAGUGGCUUGACAAGGGGAAUACAUUUGAAGCCCAUCUCCAGGAUCCGUCUGUGUGUGGUGGUUCUUGAUGCACUAACUCCAGCCUCAGUCCACUCCUUGUGAAAGUCUCCAACACGUUUGAAUGGUCUUUUCCUGACAAUCCACUCCAGGCUGCGGUCAUCCCUGCUGUUGUGCACCUUUUUCUUCCACACUUUCCCUUCCACAUAACUUUCCAUUAAUGUGCUUUGAUACAAGCACUUUGAGAACAUCCAACUUCUUCUGCAAUUACCUUUUGAGGUUUUCCCUCCUUAUGGAGGGUCUCAGUGAUGGCUUUCUGCACAACUGUCAGGUCAGCAGCCUUCCCCAUGAUUGUGCUUCCUACUGGACCAGACUGAGAGACCAUUUAAAGGCUCAGGAACCCAUUGCAGGUGUUAUGGAUUAAAUAGCUACUGCACCUUUUCACAAUAUUCUAAUUUUCUGAGAUUGUUAAUUUGGGGUUUUCAUCAGCUGUACGCCAUAAUCAUCACAAUUAUAACAAAUAAAGGCUUGACAUAUCUCUCUUUGCAUGUCAUGAGUCUAUCUCAUAUAUUUGUUUCACCUUUUAAGUUGAAUUACUGAAAUAAAUGAACUUUUCCACGAUAUUCUAAUUUUUUGGGUUUCACCUGUAUAUCUUUAGGCAACGGGGAAAAACAUUCCUCUUCUCCCAGGCCUUUGGCUAAUUAAACAUUCUAUGCCCUUUUAAAAUGUGUGUGGGACAGUUACCGUUUUGGUUUGUUACUAUAGUAUGUAUUUUGUGUUUCUGUAUUGUAAACUGCUGUGUGAUUCUUGGAUGAAGGGCCUAAAAGCAUUAUUUGCUUUUUAGCAUAAUAUUUGCUGAAGGUAUUGAUGUCUUCUUGAGGGAUCUAAACUUAGGCUUUAAUUUCCCCCACCCCUUAUGUUGUUUACAGUCUAGAGAAAGACAUGGAUGACAUGUGUCCGGAUCAGAAGGAUUUAAAAAACAUCAUACGAGAUUCUGGAUAUGACAGCCUCCCCAAUAAGCUCAGCAUACUGGAUAAACUUCUUCAUACGCACCCUAUCUGGUUACAGCUUGGCUUGAACGAUGCUGAGGCAGUGGAAGUUCUGCAGUCCCAGCCUCCUGGAGUAAGAAAUGCCUUUCAUUUGACCUAAAUACAAAAUUAAUGCUUAUUUGCUGCACCCUUUCUUCACAGUUGUCCAGAAUGGGCAACUCAUGUGGUUGUAGUAUUCAGACACAUUGUGAAUCUGCCUUAUACCAUGGCAUACUGUUGGUUCAACUAGCCCAAAUUAUUUUGCCUACCACCCCCUUUUCAGAAAAACAAUAACUCAGCACCCCUCACCCCAAAAUCCACCUUCUUUAAGUGAACAAGUGAAGCCUGGGAAAGGGUCCCCCCAAGCCUUGGAAAACCCCUGGCCUCCAGCAUGACUGCCGGAUCCAGGGGAGGCGUCACUGUCCCGCAACGGUGCCCGACCUAGCAGUAAGCGUCAUUACAGAACAGAUGAAACAUGUAUGAAUGGUUUUUCAAAACUUUCUUGUCUUUUCUUCUUUAUGCUUCCACCACCCCCUUAUUUUUAUUCAACUCCCACCCAAUUGCACAUGAGGUUGCUACCACCCCCCGGGUUGUUCCAGCGCACCGCAGGCAGCAGUAUCGCCCGCUUUGGCAAACACUGAUCUAGGCCACUACUGGCAACUCUGACUGGCAACAGCUCUUGCAAGCAGGGAUUCUUCCUUGUCCUUUGCCAAAGACCAUUUUUGUUGGGGAUCAAUUCUGAUCCUUCAGUCAGGAGUGUUCAUGCUCUUCAAUUGAGUUGACGACCUUCUCUGAAAGAGGUAAAGAGGUCAUUUCUGGUUCUCAGCAUGGGGUAGGUUGUGUUUGAACUUUCAACCCCAGCUGAGGGUAAUUAUUAUAGCCAUUCUGCUGUGCCAUGGCUGCACGAGUCGUGAGCAUCAUUCACAGAGUGGACAAUCAGACACUGAAUAGGUUACCUUAUGAAAUGUUAGACUCUAUUCUGUGCCUAGGUAUCCCAAGUUAUUGGCCCCUCUGCUGGAACUGCUAAAGGAGGCCAGCCCAAAUAGAAGUCUAGAAUGAUAUUUCUUCAAAAUGUGUUUUAUUUUUAUAGACCUUCCUUGUAAGGAAAUCCACAAGAAUGCAGAAGAAAGUCUUAUCUCUACGUGUACCAAAUGAUUUUGGAUUGUGUCUCAAAGAGUUUGCAAUAAAAGAGAGCACAUAUAGUAAGUAUUUAAAAACUUGUCUCUUCUUCCCUUGGCUGUGCUGUGAUGAGUAGAAAAAUUCCUGAGGUUAAUUGACUGUGAUUUCCCAUGAAUAUUAGCUGAGUCAGUGACAAAGUGACAAAGAUAAUGAGGCUUCAUCGCCUUAAAUUAAGGUGCUUGUUUAUAGACCAGGUUGACAGAUACCUGUCUUGGGUUCACCUGUUUAAAUUUUAGCAUCUGCAUGUUUCUAUACCCUUUUGCUAUACACACUUGCACUCAUAUAAUUAGAAUCUUUUAAAGCAUUUUAGAAGUGUGUUUGGCAGGAGGGGGGAGAGAAUAGUUCCCUUUCUAUAAGAAUUUAUGCCUGCCACUUACAAACAUUAAAUAAUUAAUCAAAGUGUUCAGAAAGGGUGGUGUCACCGUUAUCUUGGAGCACUGCUAAAUUUGAAAUUGUUCCUUUGGGAGAACUGUGAUGCUCUAGAACAGGUUGAAAACCACUAUCCUGUCAUGUUGUAUGUGAACAGUCUUGCCACAAUGAAUGGCAAAACCUAAAGGACUUAUUAUUCAGGGGUGUAAAACAGUUGUCAGACCUCACCUGGAGUACUGUGUCCAGUUCUGGGCACCACAGUUCAAGAAGGACACUGACAAACUGGAACGUGUCCAGAGGAGGGCAACCAAAAUGGUCAAAGGCCUGGAAACGAUGCCUUAUGAGGAACGGCUAAGGGAGCUGGGCAUGUCUAGCCUGGAGAAGAGGAGGUUAAGGGGUGAUAUGAUAGCCAUGUUCAAAUAUAUAAAAGGAUGUCACAUAGAGGAGGGAGAAAGGUUGUUUCCUGCUGCUCCAGAGAAGCGGACACGGAGCAAUGGAUCCAAACUACAAGAAAGAAGAUUCCACCUAAACAUUAGGAAGAACUUCCUGACAGUAAGAGCUGUUGGACAGUGGAAUUUGCUGCCAAGGAGUGUGGUGGAGUCUCCUUCUUUGGAGGUCUUUAAGCAGAGGCUUGACAACCAUAUGUCAGGAGUGCUCUGAUGGUGUUUCCUGCUUGGCAGGGGGUUGGACUCGAUGGCCCUUGUGGUCUCUUCCAACUCUAUGAUUCUAUGCUGAACAAGAUCUUCGGCAGCUAGAUGCACACCUCUCUUACACAAGCUGGCCAGAGCAAUGACAGUGGGCAAGUGCACAUUUGGGUGCAUUUCUCUUUGAAAAUAAUGGGCGGCACCUGCUUUUGGACGCACAUUCAGAUAUGCUCCCAGAUUACACCUAUAGAUGGCGAAAGCAUGAGUUUCCAAGGCACUGCAAAGUUUCUGUAGAUGUGCAAAGUUUUGUGGGUAUCUGCUAAAACCACAGGAGCAGGCAGUGCAGAAAAGGAAAGUCUGCAUAUAUAAAGGGACUGGUUUAAUGCCUAAUUAUAAUGGUUGCAGUGGUGGAUGUACAGCUAAUGGGAGUCAUUGGCUAUGAGCUGUGCUUGUGCAUUUAAGAUUUAUUAAUAGGAACAUUUUCAAUUUUUAUAUAUAUAUUGCCUUUCAUUUAUCUAUCUUUUCAAUAUGUUAAAAUUAUUUGACUUCUAAAAAACUAUUAGACAAUAAUAGCCUGAUUUAUAUGAAAGAAAUCUUGAUGCAUGGUUGUGAUGCUGAAUGGUUUGUGGAAUUUGUGAAUUAAAGGGCAAGUUAUUUCAGCAAAAUAAAUAGUCUUUACUAAGAUAUGAUGCAGCUGCAAAAUGUGGCAGCGGCUGUUGGCGUGUUGUGCAAUGCAGGUUUUGUGACUCAUUUAACUAACUGUUUAGACAAAUGCUGAGAACUUUAAAAACAAAACAGCAACAACUAGUCCUUUUGCUACAGAAUUUUGACUGAGGUAUUUCAGAUGGUCGGCUGCAUGUGUGGCUUUUGUUACAAAUGUAGUCUGUGUGCUGUAGAUUCAGUACUACGUAGAAACGUUCAUUUCCCAGAACAUGUAUUGAGUUUGUUUUCUUCUGCUUUGCAGCCUUUUCAUUGGAAGGCUCUGGAAUAAGUUUUGCUGAUUUGUUCAGGCUCAUAGCGUUCUACUGUAUUAGCAGGUAAGGAUGAAUUUUCUUAGACUAGCCUUACAAUGAGAUUGUUGUUGCCCUUUAAUAUUUUUCUCAAGAAAAGUUUGAAGAAUCUUUGGAGAGCCUACCCAGCAGCUGUGAGAAGGGGAGGGGAAAACAUCUGGCUCUUGUUGGCUGGUGUCCAACUGCCAUUCUGCUUUCUCUCUUCCCAAAACAGACCCCAUCGUUGGUGAUUCCACCUCGUCAUUUUUGAAGUGAAUGUAUUGAAUGCUGAAUUGACCUCUGUGCUUCUUCCGUCCACUAUCCCUUUUGCAGGGGUGGCCAGUCCCGUUUCGCCCCCACUGCGCCCCACCCAUCCCACUUUCGCCGCACGCCAGAAUGCUCCCCAUUCUCAGCAUGCCUGCUCGCCCAGGGGUGAGGAAGAGGAGCGGCAGUGCUGCGUGCCAGAACACCGCCCCCCUCCCACGCCUUGCUGAACUCCGUGAGAGAGGGCAGCGUUCUGCAAGGCAGGGGUAGUGGUGAGACUGAUAAGACACCAGCUCUUGCACUUCCAUCGCCUGAGGCGGGUGCUUCACCCUGCCUCAUCGGUGGGCUGCCCCUCACUUUCAUGUCAUUUCUAUUAGAUUUUAAACAAUCUAAUAAAUAGAAAGGUCCUAUUUAUUUUAUUCUUUUGCAGUUUAUAUAUAAUUAUCGACUUUACAAGGACUUAAUUGUGCACACACCCAAACCCCACUUAAUUUUUUCAAUGUCUACUUGAGUAGAAAGUUGAGAAAAUUCUGAAGAUAAGGAGCAUCUAAACCGUCCCCCUCCCCAGUGAUGGGGUGUAAAUGAAUUGGUUUCACAUUCUUGCCUCCCCUUAUCACUAGUGACAAAAUCCUACUGCAAAAAAUCUCAUUGAAGAUCACCGUCUUCAUCGUGAAGCAGUGUGGACUGCCCUAGCACAAUUAUUAUAGGGCCUCAGAUUUGGACAGGGGCUCACCUUGGAUCGACAGAAGCUGUUCAGUCAAAGUUCCUAAGGCAAUUUUUUUCUGUCCCAUCCUGUGUUCCAAAUGCUUCUUUGCUCCUGGAGGCUAAUCUUCCCUCUGUUGAAUUACAGAUUUGGCAUAGGACAUUUAAUUAUUGGCUUUGGCUUAAUUUAACCCCCACCAGUCUUCCAUCCCUAGUAUUGCAAGACCGUCAUGAGAGCACUUGGACUAAAAUCAUCAUCCAAAAGCUUUAUUCCUCUGGUUUAUCACCACAACAGUUAUUAACAUUGGGCUUCUGCAAGGCAAAGGAUUUAAUAAGCCAAUGCCUAUAUGACACUGAAGGACAGAAUAAUCAGCCACCAUAAGGAAAUUUUGUCCGUGGUGUGAUUAUUUCCCACCUAGUCUUCUGGACACAUUGGCACCCUACUUGCAAAAUUCAACAGUUCCAAGAUUGAACAUGCUGCCUUCAGCUGUUCUUGAGGAUCGAUUUCAAAAAAAUUGUUGAGCUUUUUUGGGGGAGAAUUCUCUUUUUACCCACUCACCCCAAUGCCGCAGCAAAAAAAUAAACGGCCGCCUUAUGCUCGCAAUCUCUGCCGUGCAGCACUGAGCUUCAUGCCAGGGAACGACACCACAACGCUGCAAAAGUGUCAAAAUGCACAAAGGAGGUGCCAGAACCCAUUUCCGGUGAGUUCCGGCAAAAAAAAAAAAGGCUUGAGUGUCAGACUUUUUAACCAAAAAAAGAGGUGCUGAUACUCACCAUGAAGUUGUUACAGUAAGUGCCAAACUUCUUAACAACAACCACAACAACAGAGGUGCCGGUACCCUCUGGGGGGAAAGCACUGGAUGGCAGUCUACUAAAGGAAAUCUACUUGUCUGGGAUCACUGCAUGUAUAAUAAAGAGAGACCCUAAAGUAUAAAGCUAGCUAACACUACAAUUUUUUAUCUCCAAAUCAGGGAUGUCUUGCCGUUCACCUUGAAGUUGCCUCAUGCUAUUGCAACAGCAGCAACAGAGGCAGAUCUUGAACAGGUGGCUCAGCUAGGACUGAGUAAGUAUGUCUGUUGAUUUAAGUGAAUUUUGCUCCACCAAGCAGAGAGUGUUCAAAAGCAAAAGUAGAUUCUUUUCAGCAGUCUUCUGUAACAUUCCAUCAACAUGAAGACAACCAGUUACUGCAUAGGUUUGCAAGCUGGGACAGCUUUAAAGGGACAUUGGCAGUGCUCUUGGUUGGAAGUCUGGUGACUAUUCCUCAAGAGGUUGGGUUUUGCCCAAGAUCCUCCAGAUGCUAACCUAUAUCCUUUGACCACUAUGCUGCUCUUUCCUAGCAAUAAGUGGACCUCAAGCCAGCAUGCAGCGAGUAAUAAAUUUCUUUUCCCCUGGCUGAUAUUCUGAGCUCUAGCAUGCCACUAUUUGGUUUGGUUUGUUUCUCAUGUGGUGCCUGACCUUCCUCCAAGGGAGGCUGUCCCUGUCUGUCUCACCUUCCGUCUCCCCAUGACUCAAAAUUAUCAUAGAAGGCUCCCUCAAGAAAUAGCUCUAGUCUGCACAGGAGCCAGCUCCACAGACUUAUUUUUAUGUUUCAUUCCUGUUGAGUUACUAAACAAACACUGCAAAUGGGGAAGGAAAUCCCCUUUGGAAAGCAGACUUUUAAAAAGAGGGUGAUAUGAGAGAGAGAAAAGUAAGACAAGAGGAAUUGGGGAAAUUAGGGAGGAUAUGAUUAUGAGUGAUUUAUUUAAUUUUAUUAAGCGGUUUCUAUGCUGCGUUAUAUCAGAAAUGGUCACAGGAUGGUUAACAAAAAAUAGUUAAUAUAAAAAAUAAUACAUAAUAAAUAAACAAAAUGUUAAAAUAGUUCUAAUAUGUAGCACAAUUAAAAACAUAAUAAAAAUGAAAGGCUGGGGGAAGCAUUGGGUUUUUACCCAACAAUGAAAAGUUGGGGUGAGACACACCUCAGUGUGGAGGUCAUUCUACAGAAACAAAGUGAUUAUGUUUAAAUUUAUAUGAUGUGAAAAAUAUUUAAGCGUAAAGAAAUACAUUCCAUUGAUGAUUGAUAGAGGAGACUUAGUCAUGAUCAUUACUUCUCUCUGUUUUUAGGUGAAAAGUGGAAUUUGUUGUUUGCUGGAAAGCUGAGAUUAAAUCCCUGCCUUCCACUAACAAGAAUUUGGCUAUAAAAACAUGUAGACCAGAACACCCAUAAAUGGGAGUAAACACAAUUCCAAAUGUACAGACAGGGUGCCACCUAGAUGAUUACAUGAUAUGCCAUAGUAUUAGUGACACACACAAGUUAUAGAUGUACUUACUCAUGUAGGAUGAGGGAUGACAAGACCUACCUGAUGCUGGAGCCUUAACUUGGCCAUUCUGCCACAGAGCGAUUGCCCCUUCCCAAAGAGAGAUUAUAAUUUUCCAAAGAGGUUCAUAACUCUGAUGCAAAUAUUGUAUAGCUCCCAGGAUUUUAGUACUUAAGUACCCAGUACUUGAGUAAGUUACAACACCUAGGAAUGUGUUCUGUUUAUGUAACUAAGACAUGUGGUUUCAUUCAGCAUAUGUACACUUUUAAUGCCUUUUUCAUAUAUCUUGGCUCACUCACAUGUGUACCUUCGCAAUGCAAUUUGAGGAUAUGAUUGGUCCAGGCUGAGGAACUGAUAAGAAAAGAGCCUUCAUUCCGUUUCUUUCCAGUUAUGUGUGGAGCCCUUUCAAAAGAGUCUUCCAUAUAAAGGGUCAAAAUCCCUCUGGGGCAAGAUGGAUUUCCAAAGCAACUUUGAUGGAAAAGUUGUAUGACUUGACUUGUAACAAUAAAUUUCUUUUGAGAUUAGUGGCCAGACUGAGGUGGGACUGCAGAAUUUAUGGUUUGGCGCUCUUGCGGGUUCCCCUCCCCCCACAAAAAUGGGUAAAAUCAGCCCUGUAGCAAGAUCUGAAUAGAAGUGCAACAUGGCCGGGGGGGGGGGGCAAUUUAACCCUUCCCUAGCUGUGCUGUUUUUGCAAUUUGAAUGUGCACCUUAGCACACCCCAAGAUGUUGUUCGCCCUGUGAGACACCAACAUAUCACAGGUGCCAAGCCAGUUUCUGUAUGUUUCCCCCCCUGAGGCAGACAUCUUUGGGAAGAAAGAAGUAAUUCAGAUUAGAAAAUGGCAUUGAGCUUCCUUCACCAAGGCCAGACCUCUUGUCUGAUUGGGGGGGGGGGGGCUGUUGUGGCUGCUUUUACUUUUGACAGGGGGAAUCUAUGGGAGAGCUAAUUGCAGAUCCUUUAACAUCCCACCUUAUUUGCUCUUUAUGGACAGACAGAUCAAAAGAAAGUUUGGGAAUUUAACCCACAGCAUAAUUUAAAGCCACAAUCUCAAUUCAUAUUAAGGAAGCAAAUCAGUUGGUGUAAACUGACAAACCAUAGGAACAGCUGUUUUUUGCUUCUUGAGGCCCCGGCAUCUAGAAAUGAAAGCAGACAUGCCGCUCUAAGCCAGGGGCUGCCUGCUCAUUUGGAGUGAUGUCUGAAUUAAUUCACCAACAGAGGAGAAGGUCUGUGUAGAAGGCUGCUUCUUAGUAGUGCUGCCAUCACUGGUAUAAGCGAAGAUAACCUGCCAUGUUAUAUUCAAGCCCAAGAACUUAGGGGUGUUUCUUCAGAAGCCCCCCUCCCCCCAUAUACUUUAAGAAACUUAGUUUUUGGAAACAUAGGCGAAGUCAGGUAGUGAACUUUGGCAGCAGCUUUGGGCCAAAGAGGUAAACUGAUCAAGGAACUCGCAGAAAGUUAUUUUGCAGAGACUCUGCUCAAGUGGCUUGUACAGGAGAGCUGCCAGGCUUGUACAGGAGAGCUGCCAGGUCAGCUGUGCUGUGUGUGGCACAUGUGUGUUGCAGAGGGGAAGAAGAAGGUGCCGUUUGGAUUUCCCACCUCAGUGCCCCAAAUGUCUUGGGUCUGCCCUUUACAGAAAGUCAAAGAACUAUUUGCUUGAGCACAAAUGUUGUUGAGCAGAGUGUUCUGAUCACUUGCUAUAUAAUAUUGGCAUUCUUACACUAACCAAAUAAUUACUUUCAGAUUUUUGGAGUUCUCCAGCUAACAACAGACUGCAAAAUCCUUCCCUCGUCCAGAAGCCUCUGCCUUCAGAGAGCGUAUAUAAAGGCUCCCAGCAGCUCUGCCUCAUAAAUGGAGUUCAUUCUAUAAGAACCAGAACGCCUUCGGAGCUGGAAUGCAGCCAGACCAAUGGAGCCUUGUGUUUUAUUAAUCCUCUCUUCUUGAAAGUGCAUAGCCAGGAUGUCAGUGGAAAUUUGAAAAGACAGUGCCCAAGAACUCAAGAUGUGAACUGCCCAGAGAGGGCUCGCUCCCCUCCACCUCGGCCACCCCCACCUUCUAUUCAUAGCCUUGUUGCAAGCCCUCAGCUGUCCAGGAAUAUAAACCAGGCAAGUCUGCCAGAAACUGCCGACCACAACAAAAACUGGAACUUGGAUUUGCUGCAGAAGACGCCUGCUCCUGUCCCACCUCCUCGCCUGAAGAAGAAGGCGCUCUCUUUAGAAGCAGAGAGCAGUGCAAAAAGCUCAGCUGUAAUUAGACCGAGCCAUAACUCAGUGCAUGGCUCAGAAGCUGCUCACAUUCCAGGUGGAGCCCCGCCUCAGCAGAACUUUGCAGAGAGCAAAAAGAGCUUAGCUGCACACUCUGAGUCACAAGUACAGUGGAAUGGAGGCAGGCAGAGACUAAGCGACAUGAGCCUCUCCACAUCCUCCUCUGACUCGCUUGACUUUGAUCGGAGCAUGCCGCUCUUUCCUUACGAUGGGGAUACUAACAGCAGCCUGGAAGAGUAUGAGGGGGAAAGCGACCAGGAGAGCAUGGCACCACCCUUGAAGCCUAAAAAAAAAAGGACUAGCUCCUUUGUGCUUCCCAAAAUUGUUAAAUCCCAGCUGCGGAAAGUGAGCGGAGUUUUCAGCUCCUUCAUGACCCCAGAGAAGAGGAUGAUCAAGAAAAUAGCAGAGAUGUCUCGAGAUAAGCGCACCUAUUUUGGGUGCCUGGUUCAGGAUUACGUAAGCUUCCUGCAGGAGAACAAGGAGUGCCAUGUUUCCAGCACAGACAUGCUUCAGACUAUUCGGCAGUUUAUGACCCAAGUCAAGAGCUACUUGUCUCAGAGCUCUGAACUGGAUCCUCCAAUUGAGUCCCUGAUUCCAGAAGACCAAAUAGGUAAGCAAGUGUCUGGUCUGUUUGCCUCUCCUCACCUGUCAAAAGUGAAAACAUGCUGUCCUUGUAGCUGCAGUUUCCAUACUUGUUGGAAAGGUCCAGGUCUUCUGUUAAUGGUCAGAGUUCCAGUUGCUUCUCCUAGUUAAAAUCCCGUAUACUUCAAAACAAAACAAAGCCUACAGGAGGAAAGUUUGCAUGAAACCAGUGCUUUUUUUCUGGGGGUACUCAAGUGAACCAGUUAGAGGGCCUUCUCAGUAGUGGUGCCCUCUCUGUGGAAUGCCUUGCUUCAGGUGUCAAGGAUAUAAAGAACUACACAACUUCUAGAAGACAUCUGAAGGCAGCCCUUUAUCGGGAAGUUUUUAAUGUUUGGUGUUUUAUUAUGUUUUUAUAUAAGCUGUAAGUCACCCAGAGUGGCUGAGGAAACACAGCCAGAUGGGUGGGGUAUAAAUAAUAAAAUUAUUGUUAUUAUUAUUAUUAUGCACCACCCCCCAAAGAAAAGCACUGGUUAAAAAUGUGACACUUACUGUCACAACUUCAUGGCAAGCCCCAGCACCUUUUCUUCUAGAAGAAAAGCACUUCAUGAAAUACAUGAUUUAUUCCAUACAACACCAUCACAAGGUAGCCUAAGUAAAAGUCAGGACCCUGCCCCAAGAGACUUGCAAUCUAGACUUGGCGAGGGGACAGAGGGAAAAAUAGAGCAUUGCAUUUGCAUAUGCUUUUUUCCAGAAAUACAAUAUACUCGAAGCUGACGUUUGAUCUUAAAGGAUUAAAGACCGCAGUCCUGUGCACACUUACCUGGAAGCAAGCCCCACUGAACCCAGCAGGAUUUAUCUCCAAGUGAACACAGGAUUGUGCUGCACAGUUGCAACCCUAUGUAAACAUGUGUGAGAUGAGGUUGCAUGGCUUACUAACAGUCACUUUAAAUCAAGCAUCUUCUAAACACAGAUAUUUAAUAUCUUUCCGUUUUCCAUGUAGCAUCUUAUGUUCUUGCUUUUGUACUGCAGGACAGCAACACAUUAUUAUUAUUAUUUAUUUAUUACACAUUAUUUUUAUUUAUUUAUUUAAAAUAUUUCUUAACCACCACCAUUUACUUACAUACUGCCCAUCCAACUGUUUUUCUAUUUAAUUUUUUUCAGCAGUGCACAGAAAUCAACAAGUCAGUAAAAGCAGCAGAACAAUAAAUAAUUAAGAUCUUCUAGAAAGACUUAAAGCAGAGGGAAAUUUAAGCAAUACCAUAAAAUUUCAAAGCGUAAGCUAUUUAUUCACCAAAGUAUUUAAUGGUUUUAAUUUUGUCUACUGAAUGGUAAAAAGGUUUGGGCCUCUUUUACUUGGGGGGGAAUGGCAUUCUACAGAUUGGGUGCCAUCACUGGAAAAAAGGCUCUCCCCUCACUUUCUUCUUGUCAAGGGCACCUGGAGCUCAGUUCCAGAACUUAAACGGGACAAUUUCUUAUGCAAGUCUAAGAUUCAUACGGAAGAGAGAAGGUUUCCUCAGAUCCUGUUUGCUCUGUGUUGCAUAUAUAAGCAUUUUAGAAAGACAGAGGGGAUGUAUUAUGAAAAUGCAGGUUAGUUCCUCAAGAUAUUGUUUCUGCCCAUCUUUAUGUGCCUUCGGUGUUAUAGGUAUUUAAACAACCAAAACAAGAACACUGAAAGCUAUUUUCCUGAUGUACCUCCCUCAGGCAAAAUACUUUCCAUGUGAGCUCAUUUCAUCGAAUUGCUUUCCUCCCCAUUGACUUGGUGUUCUCAUAUGUUGUUGGGUAUCCAGCAUAGGAAUUUGUAUUCAGUGCUAGCUGAUAACCAUUCCCAAAGAAAGUAGUUAAGUGUUUUUGUACUGAAACUUUGGCAUGCCCUGAAUCGAGUAGCUAUUUCCAUAAGUAUGACUCAUUGUAGAUCCAGUGUAAAGGGGAUAUGUUGCCAAUGAAACAACAUCCUGUGAUUAUUUUUUCUCCCGAAACUCAAGAUAGUCUAGUGGCUUUAUAUGAUACUAAUGCUGUAUAUCAAAGAUUUUGCAGUGCUCUAAAACUUUUAACCUUGCUUUUUAGCAGCAUGCUCUUUUUACAAUUCACAAAGAAAUAGCAGUUUUUUCUUGUGUUUGUUUGGACUUUUGCUGCUUCCCGCAAGGGUGUGGUUUAAACUAUGUUGGUUUUGGUGGAUUGUUAAAAAGGACAACUUUUUCAUAUGCUAAUGACUAUGUAUGUGGAGGAUCAUUGUGCUUUAGCUUGGGUGAGUUUAGUUGAGCAACUGAGGGCCUGUGAGCAAUCUCUCAUUAUGCAGAGCGGCAAGUUUUGGAGCAGUUUUGCUGCCUUCACCAGUCUUCAGAUUUGCAAGUAACCACAACAGAGCAGAUGCAUCAGAUCUUGCUGAUUUAAGCACAGAGCUUAUGUGGCGGAUGGAUUGAGUCAUUCCAAACAGACAAUAGAACAAACACCAGGCUAAUACAUUUUAGGCCUCAAUUUAUUUCACCAUUUCAAUCUUACCUUGGGCACAAAAAUAAAAGUCAAAGCUAGAAAAACAGUUGCAUUCAUUUAUUUACAGGUUAAACUGUGGUAUAUCAUUUUCUUAGUUGUUCCAACUUUGCUUCUGCUGUUGUGAUGCCUUCAGUACUAAGCUUGCUUCAAAUAACCUCAAGAUACCUGUUCCCUAGUAAUGUAGGAAAAGAUUUUAGGGUGAGACAAAAUCGAAAGGUUUUAACUAGAUGUCUGUUGUUUAAUGUUUGGACAAAGAAUGAAGAGCCUAAUAGUAAUAAUACUUUAAUACUUAAGAUAGCUUGUUUUUUUUAGUGUACCAUCUACUUCACAUAAACUUUAGUUUCACAUCCAGUCCCAGUAAUGGCCAACCAGGUGACCCUGUGAAGCCCACAAACUGGACUUGAAAGCAGCCAGCCACUCUUGCCAUUUACUAUCUACAGCAGUUGCUGUACACAUACUUGGGAACUUGGGAACCUCAUGCAACGUCAUAGCCCUUGAUAGGCCCAUCAGUUUGUCUGAUGUCAAGUCACACUAACCAGUUGCCAUUAUGGUGCAGCAAAUUCCUUUAAAAUUACUUAUGAAGAAUGCAAAUAAGUCUCUACUGAGCAAUAAAUUUCUUUGGGACCCCUCUUCCCAAAUUCCUAUGUUAUAUUGUAGGAAGGGCACUCUUGAACAGGGGUGGUGAACCUAUGGUCCUUUGGAUGUUGCUGAACUCCAACUCAGGCUAGUGAGUGUGGCUAAUAGUCAGGUCCUCCAUGCUUGAAAAGGUCUUUUUGAACAUGUUGCUCUUACCCUCAUAUCUUCAGAUCUAGAAUUGUUGGGUUCAUAGCCAACUUGAGAUGUCCCUACUCUAAGCCCCUAUACUGCACCAGUCAUUAUUUUUCAGACAAUAUCUGGAAAGCCAGAAGUUUUUGCAUAAUUCCACUGUGCACAUCCAUCCAGGUGUGGUUAUGGAUCGAAUGUCAAUUUCACUCCUCCAUUCUGACAUUUCCCACUAGCUACUCCAUGCUCCUGCCAACCUAGCAGUUCGAAAGCAUGUCAAAGUGCAAGUAGAUAAAUAGGUACCACUCCAGUGGGAAGGUAAACGGCGUUUCCGUGCGCUGCUCUGGUUCGCCAGAAGCGGCUUAGUCAUGCUGGCCACAUGACCCGGAAGCUGUACGCCGGCUCCCUUGGCCAAUAAAGCAAGAUGAGCGCUGCAACCCCAGAGUCAGCCAUGACUGGACCUAACGGUCAGGGGUCCCUUUACCUUUACCUUACUCCAGCUUGCACUGCUCCUGUGCCUAAUCCACACACAAAUGGCGGGAGUUGCAGUGGAAGCCUGCUUUCAGCCUGGAAUGAAACUUUUCAGGGAAUGCAAGGUGCUAAUGUGAGCAUGUGUCCUCAUUCCAGCAGCCAUUUAAUGCUGGUGUUGGAGGCCUGCUUUGUGCAGAUAUGGCUGGUGAUUUUGGCUGUGCUGCUUUUGUUGAUAGUGUGAAGAGUAAGCCCUUAAUUGUUUCUUUGCCUUCUCCUGUGCCAAGUAAAGUGAGUGUAUGAUGACGUAUUGUCAUACUGUCUUUCAGCAAGGUUUGGUUGAAAACUUUUCUUUAUUCUAAAGCCUUCCCGAAUUAGGCCAUUUUAUUCCUGCAACUAUUACUUAUCAUUAGUUUCCUGUUUUUAACAAUGUUUUAUCCUUUUUUGUUCUAGUUUUGUACACCGCUCAGGUAUUUUUUGAAUGUAGAGCAGUUUAUACAUUUGGAAAUAAAUAAAUAAAACAAAACAGGAUAAUAAUUCCUGGCUUCUUCAAAUGUUAACAAACUAGUGUAUUUGAAAUUUGGUGCCCAGCAGAGUACCAGCUAAAAUGGCAGAGUAGAAAAGUAGGUCAGCUUAAAUUAAAUGAAUGUUUCAAGCAGAAAUGGAGUUUCAUAUUGAAUUAUUUUACUGCAAAUUGUUUUAGUAAUACAGCUGUUUAAGAUAUAACCAUUACUUUUAAAAUGAUGUUUUAACUGUCUAAAAACACUUCAGUCAGUUGCCAGCCCUUUCUUCACAUAUAUACAGUCACCAAGAAUCACUCCAGGAGACACAAAUAUUACAUCAGAGCUGGCUUUGAGAUGAGCCAGAUGGUUUGAUUUCCAAACAAAGACCAAAAAAAUGUGUUUCAGCCUUUUAUAUUAUUUUCAACAGCGCCAUGUCUAGAGAUGUAGCUUUUGCCUCUUUCUAAUGGUACAAAUCCAUCAGAGAAAUGAAUAAACACCUUCGGUUGUCUGCAGCACCGCUACAGAUUUCUAAGUGUGCAACAGAGCUUCCGCCUCAUCUCCCCUGCAGGCUCUGCCUGCAUCCUCAAAUUCUGCUCCAGAGAUUUGGGUGACCUUCGGAGCAGAUUGCGGGGUGGGGAGGUGAGGAAGGAGAAACCUUGCUUUGCAAGUGGAAUGCUGCCCAUGCAGUUAUGGAUACAACCCCUUUUUUUAUUAAACAAAGCUUGUAUAUCGCUUAAUCAGGAAAAAUUAUAAGCUGAUUAAAUAGAACAGUAUAAAAUAUUCUUAAGGAAAUACCAGUGAAAUCAAACUUUAAAAGCAAAUAAAGAUGUGAAAUAUGUAUGAAAUAUAGCUAAACUGAACUAUUUUGAAAUUAAUAUACAUAACUACAUAUCUGAGUAUUAUUAUUCUUAUUAUUUGAGUUUAUAUACCGCCCUAUACACGGAGGUCUUACUUAAACAUAAAAAGUUUUCCUAUUUCUCCCCAUCACCACACCAUAGUCUUUUAUGAAAUGUUCACCUCGGUUGCUUCAAAAAUAAGUAACUCAACAGUGGAUUGCGGUGAACUGACCUUCAGGGCAAGAUGUUACUGCCUGGCAUAGAGAGCUGCUAGCAGAGUACAUUAAUGUAGAGCCGGUCUGAUAAAAGAUUGUGUUAUGAACAGCUCUUUACUCUGCUUUCAGGCUGUUUGCACAUUAUUUAUUUUCUUCAUUUACUAUGAGGGACUUGGGAAGGACCAUAGUUCAGAGAGAAAGCACAUAUCAUGCAUACAAAUGGCUCUGGGCUCAUUUUCCAAGGUAGGGCUGAAAGGGACCUCUGCCUGAAACCCAGUAGAGCCCCUGCAGUUGGGCUGGGUGAUAUCUGGCUUUCAACAUUGUGAUAUAUCACCAGCUGAAUAUCAUGAUAUACAGUACUGAUAAAUCACGAUGUCUGAAAUAAGGAGGAAGUAAGGUGAGGAGGAAGAAGCAACUGAGAUACAACUUCCAGGCCUACAGCUGAGCAAGCCUCCAUGCUGGCUCACGUGAGCCACAGUGGUGGGGUGUGUGCUUCCUUAAACUUCAGCAUCAGUUAGCUUCACAAAACCUUGCUUUCUUUUCUACUUUCAGGCACACGCAUGCACACAAGAGAGAGAAGGGAGGAAAGAGCGCCUGCUCAUUCAACCCAGGAAGACGCAGAAACUCCAGCUGACUUCCUGGUGUUUUCCAGUAUCAUUAUUUUUGCAUAGCGCGCGCACAAACACAUGACUCACUAGAUAUUGCCAGCUCAUUUAUUUUGAGAGGGUUAUCACGAUAUGGUCUUGAAACCAGUUUUGGACAAUAUAUCAAUAUAUCACCCAGACAUACCUUGCAGCUGUUCUCCCAGUUCCUUCAUCUAAAUUAGGCUAACAUUAUUGCUGAAAUAUUUAGAAAGCGCAGAAGCACAAAAUCCUCCAGCUUCUGAACCAUUCACAUGUUAUCAGAUCUCAAUGUCUUCCCAAAGUGCACAAUACACAGAGCCUCCAAGAUUUCCUUGGGGUAUUUUAAGGCUGCCUGACCUCAUUUCCGUCUCAGUGGACCACAAGCCUCAGUCAGCUUAAAUGAAGGCUACGCUUUUCCCUGACUUAAUAGUUUGUUUUAUGUGCAGGGAUUUUAGUUUUUAUUAUUAUUAUUACUACUUUUCACAAGAAGGAGCAGUCAGAUCAUAUCAGCUCCAUCCACUGUCUGAAGCAAUGCAACCAAGUACACAUUUAUCAUCUCAGUGUGAAUUAGCUGAUGUGCGCACAUACAUAUGUACACAACUAAAGCUUUGCAUGCUUGAAGUUGAGGAGAGGGAGAUGUCUUGUAGAAUAAGUUGCUUUCCCAACUAUUUUCACCCACUUCAGAGUUUGCAUGUGCUACUCUGCAGACCACUUCAGAUACCUGAAACUGUGUACUGGGAUUUCUUGCAAGCGAUCUUCAUCCUGCUCACCUACUCCCUCCAUUCUGCCCAAACUCUUGCCUCCAUGCUGCCUGUGGCAGGCAUACACUGCUGCUUCCCAUCAUACUUGCUCAGUGAACCAAUAGGUGCAGUAUGCAUGUACCCAAGCAGUCGUGGGGAUGCAAUGCUUUCACUUCCUUUUGGUAACAGCACACCCUGCUCUAUGGGGCCUGGUGACUUGGCAGCAAUGCUAGUGGGUCCUCAGUGCUGCACAGUGCAUGCAUCACAUUGCAUGACAGAUAAAAGAGCAUGCCCCCUUUUGAAGAAAACAAAACUAUCUGGUUGGCUUUCUAGCAAAUAGCAGCUUUGUAUGACGCGGGUGGCACUGUGGGUUAAACCACAGAGCCUAGGACUUGCCAAUCAGAAGGUUGGCGGUUCGAAUCCCCGCGACGGGGUGAGCUCCCGUUGCUCAGUCCCUGCUCCUGCCAACCUAGCAGUUCGAAAGCACCUCAGAGUGCAAGUAGAUAAAUAGGUACCUCUCCAGCGGGAAGGUAAACUGUGUUUCCAUGUGCUGCUCUGGUUCGCCAGAAGCGGCUUAGUCAUGCUGGCCACAUGACCCGGAAGCUGUCUGUGGACAAACGCCAGCUCCCUCGGCCAAUAAAGCGAGAUGAGCGCCGCAACCCCAGAGUCGGCCACGACUGGACCUAAUGGUCAGGGGUCCCUUUACCUUUAUGUUGCAGCAGCGGUGUCCUUUUGAAUUUUUGCACACCAGACAGUCCCUCAUGUGGUAUUAUUGUCAGGUGGGUCUGGCUAUAAUAGCUUUUAGGAACCAACCUUCAAUGGCUGUUGUUUACAGACUCUUGGAUAGCUGCUUACCAGAGUGAGUAACAGCUUUCCCCAGUUAGGAAAUUAAUGGUGAUUUCCACCAUUGCUGGCAUCUUCUUCUCCCACCCCAACAGGCGUCCUAUGGCUGUUUCCAUGCUGGGAGCUGACAGUAUAACCAAGUGUGGAGUUGAAAUAAAAGAUAAAAGGCUAGGAGUAGCUAAGUCAGGUUUUGGGGGCAGGUGGGGGGCAGAACCUGUUUUCUGCAUCUUUCUGGAUAUGUCUGCUUUAGGUAUUGUGAAGAUCAACUGCCCAAAGUUACUUUUCAUCUAUUUUCAUUGCUGAGGUGAACUCAGGCUGGUCUAUUUAUAUAUUUUAUAAAUGUAGUGAUAUAUUUCUGGCAUGGCAGUCUAUGAGAAUUUAUUCCUGGAAGAGCUAAAAGCACUCUGUUCUCAUUGUAUAUUUGUGGAAGAAAACUUGACCUUCCCUCAAUUGCUCUUUGUCAGUGACAAUCUAUACAUGAUUGCCUACCUGCUCCCUUUUGUUAAAGUGUGGCUUAUACUAAGUUUCUUUAUUAAAAAGGGUGUAACCUAUCUUCAUUUAGAGGCCUUCACGACACUAGCUGCUCCAGCCCCAACCCUGGCUUUGAUUCCCACCCCUCAGUCGAUACUAUCCAGUGUUGUUAGGGGUCUGUUGCCUCCCCAUCCUGAAACUGUUCCCUACAAAGGAGUUAUGGCUUCUUCCUCACAGCCUACAGCAUGCCCAAUGAGGGCAUGUAAUUUGGCAGUUGACAAUAAUCUGUAAAAAUGGCCAAAAAUGAAUGAAAACACCCAUACUUUAGGCUUCCUUGGUCUUCUAAAAUCAUGGCUGCUGUUCCUAAAGAAGAACCAUUAAGUAGAACUUAACUGGUUGGUUAAGAAGCACUUAGAUAAGGUAAUGGACUCUUGUCCAGUUAAGUCCAGUCCAAGGCCAUUAUGAGGUGCGGUGCUGAUCUUGCUUUUCAGCUUAAGGGAGCUGGCCUUUGUCCACAGACAGCUUUCCGGGUCAUGUGGCCAGCAGGACUAAACCACUUCAGGCGUAACGGGACACAGUGACAAGUGCCAGAGCACACAGAAACUCCAUUUACUUUCCCACCACAGCAGUACCUAUUUAUCUGUUUGUAUUGGUAUGCUUUCAAACUGCUAGGUUGGCAGAAACUGGGAUAGAGCAACAGGAGCUUACCCCGUUGUGUGGAUUCAAGCUGCCAACCUUCUGAUUGGCAAACCCAAGAAGCUCAGUGAUUUAGACCAGUGGUUCCCAAUUAGCUAAUUACUGAGGACCCCUUGUUUUUCAAAGCCAAACCAUGAACCCUCUAGUUUUGGAAAUUUUGAUAACUCUAUGGUAGUUAUCUGUGCAAAGCAAGUUUUUGAAGAAAAUGUGGGGUGGCCCCUUAAAAGCAAAGGAUUUUGGAUAUACCAAAAAUAGAGCAUAAAAUCUGUGAUAUUGCCACAAAUUGCCUAUCCCCAGGCAGUAGGAAAAACUUGUCUCCAUUGCUCCACUAAAACUGAAAUGUUUUUUGUUCAUUAUUUUUUUAAUUGAUUAAAUUUGUAAGUUGCAAUCCAAAGUGACUUAUAACCAAACAAACAAAAAGAUCCCACUUACACACAUUAAAACCAAGGCAGUGUGGAAGGGGGGAAAUACAUUAAAACAUCCUAUACAAUAGGGGGGGAAACCAAGCAAGGUAUAGUGCAUUUGAAUAAGGUUCCAGGUGGGAAAAUCCACUGCGGCAGAUGUUGACAAUUGAGUGUCAAGAGUGUGUGUAGAAUGCUUUAGUAUUUUGUUUUUGAUUUUGUACAGCACUGUGAUUACGAAGACCCUGCAUGGGUCAUGCCAGACAAAUCUCAUUUCUUUUUUUGAUAGAGUUACAAACUUGGUGGAUCAGUGGACGUAGUGUAUUUUUAAAAAUAGUUUUUUUGAUUUCCAAUAUGUAACAAAAAGAGAGAGAGAAAAUAAUAAAAACAAAAUCCCAAAAUAAAAUAUGAAUCCUACAACAAAUAAUUAAAUGGUUGUUCUGUGAGCACCAGAUGAAUCUCUUUUCGUUUUUCUUUUUGAUAGAGUUGUAAGCUUGAUGAAUCAGAUAAGUGCUAUGGAUGAAGUGCAUCCAGAUUUCAGUAAGGUUUUUGUCAUAGUCCCCUAUGAUAUUCUUGUGGAGAAGUUGGUAGAAUGUGGACUGGACAAGGUAACUGUUAGGUAGAUUUGUAGCCGUUUGCCUGAUAGAAUCCAAAGUGUGCUCACUAAUAGAUCCUCAUCUUCUUGGACAAAAGUGACAAGUUAGGUGCCACAGGGUUCUGUCCUGGGCCUGUUAUUGUUCAAUGUCUAUAAAUGGUUUGGAUGAAGGAAUCAAGGGAUGCUCAGCAAAUUUGCAAAUGAUACAAAACUGGGAGGGGUAGCCAAUGCCACUUGGCAUUGACCUUAACAUAUUCGAGAACUGGGGCCAAACUAACAACAUGAAUUUCCCUUAGGCAGGAAGAACCAGAUGCACAAAUAUAAGAUGGGGGACACCUGGCUUGCCAGUAGAACAUGUGUAAAUGAUCUAGGGGUCCUAGUAGACCACAAACUUCGUAAGAGUCAAGAAUGUGAUGCAGCUGCAAAAUAAGCUAAUGCUCUUCUAGGCUGCAUCAACAUCUGGUCUCUUGUCCUGCUCUAUUGUGCAUUGGCCACAUCACACCUGGAGUCCUGUGUCCAGUUCUGGGUGACAUAGUUUAAGAAGGAUAAUGACAAGCUAGAAUGUGUGCAGAUGAGGGUGGCCAAGAUGAUCCAGGGUCUGGAAACCAAGCCUUAUAAGGAAUGGUUGAGGUAUCUGGGUAUGUUUAGCCUGGUUAAGAGCAGACUGAGAGGAGAUGGGAUAGCCAUCUUCCAAUAUCUAAAGGGCUGUCACAUGGAAGAUGAAGCAAACUUGUUUUCUGCUGCUGUGGACCUGAAUCAGUGGAUUUGACUAAACACCAGGAAGAACUUUCUGACAGUAAGAGCUUAGGAAACGGUGGGUUCUCCUUCCUUGGAGGUUUUUAAGCAGAGGUUGGAUGGCCAUCUGUCAGGGAUGUUUUAGCUGAUAUUCCUGCGUUGCAGAAGGUUGGACUAGAUGACCCUCAGAAUCCCUCCCAGCUCUGUGAGUCUAUAAUGCAGGAGCCCCUUCAAUGGUAGCAGAUCAUCCAAGUAUUUUUUGUUUUAAUAAAAUAAUGUCUUGCUUGAAAAGAUUGCAAAAGACUGUUUCAGUACAGGAUGCAGAUGGACAUUCCUGAAGUCACAAGGAAACUGCUCACCCUAUCAAAGCACUUCCUCUUUCCACUUUCAAAUGGCUAAGACAGCUUUAAUUAAGUCGGUCAACAUAAUUACAAAUUAUCUAUGACAACUAUUCUCAUCUGCCUCGUUAGUUUCUAUCAUAACACUGGAGAGAGGUAUGUGGUGAUUAAAAAUACUUUGAGAUUGUAAACGUCCUAAACAUACUACUUGAGACUUCCCAGUAAACAUAAUGUUAGGAGUUUGUGGGUGCUGGAAACUUCUAAAUUCCUGGAACCGGUAAAUGUUAGAAUUUACUAGAAUUAAGUAUUGGGCUGUUAAGUAUUGGACUAGUUCUAAACUAGUCCUGGGAUAUACAGUGGUAACUCGGGUUAAGUACUUAAUUUGUUCUGGAGGUCCGUUCUUAACCUGAAACUGUUCUUAACCUGAAGCACCACUUUAGCUAAUGGGGCCUCCUGCCACCGUGCCGCCGGAGCACGAUUUCUGUUCUCAUCCUGAAGCAAAGUUCUUAACCCAAGGUACUAUUUCUGGGUUAGCGGAGUCUGUAACUUGAAGCGCAUGUAACCUGAAGCGUCUGUAACCCAAGGUACCACUGUAAGUGUUAAAAGCUAAUUAAGCGAAGCUAGCUUCCUCUUGAGGUGUUAGGCCCUGGGUGAUGGGCCAUUAAAAAACCCCCAAAGGAUUAAAGGGGCUUCGUUGUGAGACAACAAGUGGCUAGGGGCACCUGAGGGGAGAGUUAGUGAUGUCAUGGAGAAGAAAGGCAGCAAGCUGAAAAGGCCUCUAGUCACAUGCAGAGGAAGUUUGUCACAGCUCAGAAGGAAACAGGAAGUUUUCUCCUGGGUGAUACAAAGCAUUCCCUAGCAUGUCCACUCUAGGAAUGUUGUACUUGACUGCUAUGUGUUUCACAUCCCACACAUGGGGGGGGGGGUCACGCUGCAUUGCUGGCGGCCUUUUCCCUUCCUCGCUCUCUCCCUUCCUGGCCUUGGGGGAGAGGAUGGGGGACUAUGCACAGGACGGGUGCCAUUUUGCCAUGCUCCUGGCACUGUUUGCCCUGCACUCCUGGCUGCAUACCUUAAGGUCGUGAAUAUAAGCCACACUUUAACUUUUCUUGGUUGGAAUUGGGGGGAAAGGUGAGGCUUAUAUUCAGGCCAAUACGGUAGAUUUGCCAACAAAAUCAUUGAAAGGUCUGUGGACAGAUGUUUCUGUGUACUAUUAGUUUUUGGGCGAUUUUUCUCAUACAUGUGUUGAAUUUUAUAGCAAAGUAGCCACUAUUUCUUACUUGUCUGACAUUAACAUCUUACUGCUCAGAAGUAAUCAAGCACGAUAAAAGAGAAAAGAAGGAAGGAGUAAGAUCUAAUAAGCCCACAGCUUUGCCAAAGAUUAUAAUGGGACUGUUAAAAAAAAUAAAUCUCUUUCCAGUUCCCAGAACCAUCAGUCCAUACAUUUACUUAUUGCUUGUCCACACUUCCGGAUGUCCCGAAGUGCCCCAUGCUUAGAAAGCACGGCUCUGAGCAGUUUCCUGCUUGUCCUGUCUUUCUAGGCACAGGUCCAAGUGGUUUUGCAUUUCCCCUGGAAAACGUGCUCUUUACCUCUAAGUCUGCCAGUUGUUCCAAUUCAGCAGUAAACCACAGGUUUUCCCGGGGGAAGGUGGCAGAGCAAAUGGACUUGUGGAUGAGCCCUUAGUUAAAAAUAUUUAUAUGCUACCCAGUAACAAAUGGGCAUUGAGCUAAAUAAAAAGGAUGGCACAAUGGGACGUCCCUCACCACACCCUGUGUGUGCCCCCGUCAUCCCCAAAUCUGCUCCAGAGGGCUGGGGGAGACUCUCAGAACAGAUUUAGGAACUUCAUGGGGGAAAGAAAGGGGGGAGGACGUUCAGUUGUGCAAUGAUGAAACCUGCUAAGCAUCACCCGCUUAGUGCUGUGUUGUAUACAGCCUGGGAUAAGCAGUUGUCCCAUCCAUUUUGCUGCUAUUUGCAUUGCAUGGAUUGCACCAGGAGGCAGUUUUCCCCUUGUUAACAAAGAGACAGGAAAGCUGAGCCCUGGGUUUGGGAGAAGGUGUCAGGAAUUUUGAAAGAAUGUGGCCUAGAAGAAGCCAAGCUAUGCACAACUGAUAAAGGGCUGCCUUUGUGGUUAUCUCUUAGGUGUGCAAACAUUACUUCAAGGUUACAAAUAUUGACCCUGUAUUGUGUAUCGUAGGCUCAUAAGCUGGGAAACAGUGUGACAUUUAGUUCCCAGAUUUUAGCUGCAAAGCAGCUUGUGUGGGGGGGUGGAAGGAGGAUGAAUUUUUAGAGCUAAAAGCUGGCUACAACAAUUCCUUAUGCAAUUUUUUAAAGUGCAACUCUGUCACCCCUAAUGCUUUUUACAGUGGUUGUUAGUGACUUCAUAAGCCCAUGUGUCAUGUGUAAGUGCUUCCUGCUGCAGAAUCACUUCCUCCAUCCACACCAAUGUGCUUCUUUAAUCCCAAAGAGGUGUGUGUCAUUUUACUAAGGAACUGAUUCAUAACAAAUCCCUUUAGGCCUAUGAGAGUUGUGCAUCACUGCUCAUGUGCCAUCCUUCAGUUUUCAGAUGGGGUAGUUUGUUUGAAUUCUCAAGGAAAGUAUGUAUAUCUUCAUACUGAUCCAUAAUUCGUAUACAGUGGUGCCUCGGGUUAAGUACUUAAUUUGUUCCGGAGGUCCGUUCUUAACCUGAAACUGUUCUUAACCUAAAGCACCACUUUAGCUAAUGGGCCUCCUGCUGCUGUUCUCAUCCUGAAGCAAAGUUCUUAACCUGAGGUACUAUUUCUGGGUCAGCAGAGUCUGUAACCUGAAGCGUAUGUAACCUGAGGUUCCACUGUAUUUUACAAAAGUACAUUUACCUCCUGUUUAUUCCUCCAUGUUUUGUUUUUAUUUGUAUGGUUAGAAGUUGCACUUUGGGUUUUUGAAAAUGGAUGUUAUUCUGCGUCUGCAGUGGGUUGCAUGGUCAUUCCAUUAUAUUGUCAGUUAAUUAAUGUUUAUGAUCAUCUUUUCGUGGCUACAUACACAGCCUAUUACUGGGGAUGGAGAGGGGACUAGGCACCUGCUAUCAAAUAUAUCUGUACUCAGCCCUGCACUUACUUUCCUUGAUGUGAUGAUAUAGGACUGCUCACGAGUCAGCUGGCUCAAUGGAGAUGUCAGUCUCCAACUUGGUGCCCAGAAAUCUCCAUGUACAGUAGUCACAACUGGAUUUGCACCAGUAGCAAAUUUGCACCUGGCACCCGCGGAAUUUCUAACACGGGUGAGGAGAUGGGCUGUUCACUAUUUUCUGUAGAGUUAAGGGAUUGCUGUUGAGUGUAGCAUUGAGGCUGAAUGUUCUUGGCUUUGGCCAAAUCAUUGGUCUCCUUCUGCUUCUGUGUCUGAGCUGCAGAACAAAUGACAGGAAGAAAAUGAUCUCAUAAUGUUUCUAUUUUACUGUAUACAUGGCCAUUUAGUAAAAUGAUAGCAGUAGCAGUGGAAAGAAAUGGUACGUAUGGAUGUUUAAGCAUGACAUCAUACAACUUUUUUAAAAAGAAAAAGAUGAUGAAAGCACAGGCCAGCAAACCCUGACAAAGGUGCUGAGAACAAACACUUGACAAUGGGGCCGCUGUACUUGAGAGACUUGUUGGCAUCCAUCUGUUCGAGAGACAAUGGCGUGUGCCUCCAGCCAUGAAGUCAAACUGCUGCAUUAGUAGCACCAAAGUGACCUCUCUGGGGUGCAAGCCUGGGCCGUGUGUACGGAAGUCCUGGGCUGCCCAGAUGACGCAAAGGUUGAGAAGGCUGUGCGGAGCCCCAACCCCCCACGACUUCGGCUCCACCAGGACUGGGAUCGACCCGUCUGGUGACUGGUGCCAGGGAAGCAGGCCGGGGCCUGUCAGGGAGCCGCACAAAAGGUAUCGCCCGGGAGAAGAUGGGCCCUCCCCUGCCGGCAGAGGGGUGCCGCUGGUGACUGGAAAUGGACACAGGAUCCAAAAAAUUAUUUUCUAAAUUAAAAAAAAUAUUUUAAUACGUUUAUUUUAUUUUUUAAACGCUCAAGAAUUAAAAUGGCAGCACCCAUAAAGGAGCCCUGAACCAACAAAGGCCACUUCCUGGGACUGCAGCUUCCACCCUAACUUCCUCCUCUUUUUAUAUUUUUUAAAUUAAAUAGAGGGGAAAUGACGGGGUUUUUUUCUCCCCCCUGCCCUCGCAUUAUUAUCGUCACAUUUCCUCCCUCUCAAAACACUUUUUAUAUAUACUUUUUAUUUUUACACACACACACACAACUUUCAGAUACCACCACCUCAACAUUUCUUUCUUUCUUUCUUUCUUUCUUUCUUUCUUUCUUUCUUUCUUGAAAUCCCUACUCUUUUUAUCCCCCAUCUCCUUCCUUUUCUCUUCUCUCUCCUUCCUGCCCUAAUAAUAAUAAUAAUAAUAAUACCACGCAGCUUCAUACAUAUAUCUCGCCAUCCACUUUCAAUAGUAACUCCCACUUUUGUGCUCUGUGGCCUAAACCACAGAGGCUAGGGCUUGCCGAUCAGAAGGUCGGUGGUUCAAGGCCCCACGACGAGGUGAGCUCCCAUUGUUUGGUCCCUGCUCCUGCCCACCUAGAAGUUCGAAAGCACUUCAAAAUGCAAGUAGAUGAAUAGGUAUCGCUCUGGCAGGAAGGUAAAUGGCGUUUCCGUGCACUGCUCUGGUUCACCAGAAGCGGCUUAGUCACGCUGGCCACAUGACCCGGAAGCUGUAUGCCGGCUCCCUCGGCCAGUAAAGCGAGAUGAGCGCCGCAACCCCAGAGUCGGUCACGACUGGACCUAACGGUCAGGGGUCCCUUUACCUUACCUCAUACUAUAACUUGAAUCACCACUGCAAUUUUUUAUCAUUACUAUUACUAUUACUAUUUUUUCCUUUAUUUUCCCUUUUUAUUUUACUCUACUGUUCCUUUUCUUUUUUUCUUUCCCCCUUUUUUUAUUUGUUUUUUCAAUACUACCCUGCCAGCCUUUAAUUUUUAACUUUUUACUAUGAAAUCCUAACCCCACUUCCCACCCUGAACUGGACCCCACCUCCUCAUUUGUGUGUAUGAGUGUGUAGGUGUGUGUCCACAAACAACCCCCCCAGCACACACCCUCCCUCUGGCCCCACUCCAUUGGUCUCUUGCAUCUUUGCUUGUUAAUCCCUUUAUGUCAACUGUUUGUCUGUUCUGCUUGCCUUUCUGCCUGUCUGCUUGUCUGCUUCCCGCUUCGCCAACAUCACUGAGGUGAGUACGGUGACCCUAGAGAAGUCCUUAAAAUAUAGCCCUGACAUGACAAAAAUAGCCGCCUAAUCCAGACAUUCUAUAAAAGCCACCAGUCAACAAUGCUGGUUCAACUCAGCAACUCAAUACCCAGGAACCACCACUUCCAAAACUCCUAACCACAACACACCACUCCAAAAAGAUACCACCACAUCUCAAAACAAGGUCACCAGAGAGAUUGAGAUGGCACCAACCAGGGAGAUGAUGAACAGCACUGAGACCACAACAUAGCCCCAGGAUGACAACAACCCAACAACAAAAUGAGGCCUGAGGGAAAUGGAACUGAGACUAGCAGAACUAUUGAAGAACACAGUGACUCCCCUGAAGAAAAUAAUCAGCAACCUGACCUCCAGAGUGGAAACCCUCACUAACGCCAUCUCCAGUCUAGAAAGUAAGAACCAAAUGCACAGAACACCACAGAAACGAGUGCUCAUAUGCCCAGGAAAUGCUGGAGAGGACGCACCUCCACAGGCACAUACCUCCACAUGUGGUGAGAAUGUCCCAAAAUCCAACUCUUCUGGACAUCAGUCAUACAAGAAAUAUUCAAAAUAACUAAGCAAGUAUUAGAAGUCACCCCAGAACUGGCCCUACUGAACAUCUUCCAAGAUAAUAAUGCCCACUCACAUUAUAAAGAGCUCAUAACCAACCUACUCUCAGCAGCCAGAAGCAGACACUGGAGAGACCUGUCAGGAGUAAGCUUGGACCAAUGGUACCAAAUAGUAUGGGAAACAGCCUUAGUAGAAAAACUAACCAAUAAACCGAAACUGACAUGGGGACAAAUAGAAGAAGAUGCCUUCACCACGGUAUGUCCCCUUUAUCACAUACAUAGCCCAACAAGACAACAACAAAAAUCUGCCAACAGCAUACAAAUCAAUCUGGCUAACCAAAAACCCACCCUCUCACACACUCACAUGCAUAAACAAAUCUCACUAAAGCCAACCAAGUACAGCCAACCACACCCUAGGGCGCCCCCAACCUCUCUCACCACCAAGGAAAUACAACAAGCGAAUAGAAAGAGAACCCACACAAGUGCCGCUGACACAAAACCCCACACAUACACUAAGUAGAAGAAUAGAAGCAGUGCCACCCGCACCCUCCCCACCCACCAUUCCCCCUCCCCUUCCGUUCUCCUCUUUUCUUCCCAACCUAAUACUGCAUGCAACACAAAUGAAACUGAUCUUGAAACAAUGUCUGUAUUUUUGUAAACAAAGAAAUCUUUAGUAAAAAUAUAUUUUUUAAAAAAAGAAAGUGGAGAAGGUGGAUAGAAAGAAGUUACUCUCCAGCUCUCACAGUACUCGAACCUGGGACCAUUCAGUGGAGCUGAACAUUGGAUUCAUGACUGACAAAACUAAGCCCUGAACUGCAUCAUGCCGCACAUACUUAAACUAUGGAAUUGGCUCCCACAAGAUGUAGGGAUAUCUGGAAAUGUGCGUGGCCUUAAAAGAGGAUUGGACAAGUUCACGGAGAGUAAGGCUAUCAGUGGCUAAUAGCUGCAAUGGCUGAGCCCUGUCUCCAUUGCUGGAAGCAGUGUGUCUCUGAAGGCUAGUUGCUGGGGAGCGUGCACUUUCACUUAGCUCCUGUUGUGGGGUUUCCAGAGGCAACUGGAUAGCUAUUAUGGGGAAAGGAUGCUAGACUUGAUGGACCUUUGGGCUGCUCCAGCAGGGCUCUUUGUACAUUCAUACAAAUAGGGACUGUAUUUUGCACUGUUGACUUUAUUUUAUAGUUUUUCUUUUUAAAAAAUUAGCAUGAAUAAAGAUGAUGUCUGAAUUGUGGACUGUCUUUCUUCCUGUCAAGAAUGCAUCUAGAACUAGUUUUGACAUUAAAAAUGAACCUGGCAAUUUAACGAAAUGAUUAUUCUGGCCUCAGUAAAUGGUUUCCAUUCUUUCUCUCCCUCAAGAGAGCAAAAAUCAUGGCCAGUUCUUGGCCAGCUAAUGAACCAAGUUUGCCUGUCUCUUUGCAGAUGGGGUGUUGGAGAAGGCCAUGUAUAAGUGCAUCCUGAAGCCCCUCAAGGGUCAUGUCGAGGUGAUGUUGAAAGAGUUCCAUACAGCUGACGGCUCUUGGAAACAGCUGAAAGAGAACCUUCAACUUGUCCGACAACGGAAUCCUCAGGAGCUUGGGGUGUUUGUACCAACACCAGACUUUGUAGAUGUUGAAAAGAUUAAAGUCAAGUUCAUGACCAUGCAGAAGAUGUAUUCUCCUGAAAAGAAAGUCAUGCUGCUGCUACGAGUCUGCAAACUAAUUUACACUGUGAUGGAAAACAAUUCAGGUAAAUGCUGUCUCUUGACCAAAGAUUUCUUUGCUGUUCAGGAAGCUUCUGGAGGAAGAGCCAAUGUUUUAUCUCACAACAGUUUCAAAUCUCCCUUUUUCUUUAUCUCACAGGUUUUGUAAUUUGUAAUCUGAUAGUCUGCAGUUUGGUUCUAAUUGUUUUCAUACCUGCACUAUUUCUAGCAUGUUGCAGUGACUAUUUGGUAUAACAGGUAUCUGGAAUGAAGGCAGUGUCUGCUAAGAAGAGACUAAACUAAAAGGGGAUUGAUGGGCCCAGAUAUUGGAGCACGUAUUCAAACACUAUGUAUGCAUUGCUGUAGUGUGAGAAAUGGCCUGUGACACUGGUGCCAGUUCAUGCCUUUUUCUUAAAGUCUGAUACAAAAAGGGCACAAUUUAAAUGGGCAAAUACAUGUGUGGUCCUGUCAAUUAUGAAUGGUGCGCGCACACAUGCAAAUAUCGCUUGCUUGAAUUCCUGCACCCUCCGCAUGCUUCCUGAAAUUGGCCUGGAGGUUUCAGGAGAACAGCGCAUGAGGUGGGUGGGAUCUGGCAAGCUGGAGUGAUGGUCCAGAUAGAGGGGCUAGAAAAGUGUGAAAUUGAAUUCCACCCAUUUUUGCAUUGUGAAAAACAUGGUGUUACAUCACACUUGUUUUAGAAGCUUAGUCUGAAUAAUUUGAAAAUGGUCUGAGCCUUGAAAAAAUCUAUGCCCAAAGACUAGUGCAGGCUUUUCCCAAUCCAGGGUGCUGCAAGGUAUACAAGGUGUGGCUAAUCCUUUUAGGUGGAACAGAAGUGUUGCUGCAAGUAGGAGCACAGUCCCAGCCACCCAGGGGUAGGUAGCAUAGAAUUGUACUCACCUGGAGCAAGCUAGCUCCUCACAUAAGUUUUCAGUAAACCAUGAAGCUGGUCAAGAGCCCCACAAGAACAUCUCACUGCUGAGCUAACAUUGACAUUGCUUAAACCAGACAUUGCUUAAACCAGAAGGCAGUUGCUUAGCACAAAUCCCAAGCUUUAACUGAGUUGUACGCAGGUGGCGCUGUGGGUUAAACCACAGAGCCUAGGACUUGCUGAUCGGAAGGUCGGCGGUUCGAAUCCCCGCGACGGGGUGAGCUCCCGUUGUUUGGUCCCUGCUCCUGCCCACCUAGCACGUCAAAGUGCAAGCAGAUAAAUACGUACUGCUCCGGCGGGAAGGUUAACGACGUUUCCAUGCGCUGCUCUGGUUCGCCAGAAUGCUGGCCACAUGACCCAGAAGCUGUACGCCGGCUCCCUCAGCCUAUAAAGUGAGAUGAGCGCAUAACCCCAGAGUCGUCCGCGACUGGACCUUACGGUCAGGGGUACCUUUACCUUUACCUUACUUCAGUACAGUAUUUAACUUUGCUGCAGCCAGUUGCCAUCCUUUACUCUGCUUAUCCGGUCCUGUGAUGGCAUAUAAAGUAUAUGAAUAUGUGUGCCUGUCCUAGAAUCAUCUUCUCUUUAAUUUUACACCAAUGGUAAAAGGUAAAGGAUCCCUGGACGGCUAAGUCCAGUCAAAGGCGACUAUGGGCUGUGGCACUCAUCUCACUUUCAGGCCGAGGGAGCCGGCGUUUGUCCACAGACAGCUUUCCAGGGCAACGGAACACCGUGAUGGAAGCCAGAGCACACGGAAACGCCAUUUACCAACGGAUCCUGUGAUAAUAGCAUAUAUGUUUGAGUAAAAUUCGCUUGGCAUGAAUCUAAAAUGAUUCAGCUGAAUGGGAACAGCAGUGCAGAAGACUGCCUUUAAACAUGGAAAGAGGCAGACAAAACUGGCAGAGGGUUGUGAUUAAUGCCUAUAUUUUCUUUCCCCACUCUUCCUUACCUUUCGUCAAGGGAGGAUGUAUGGAGCUGAUGACUUUUUGCCAGUGCUGACCUACGUUGUGGCUCAGUGUGACAUGCUGGAGUUAGAUGCUGAAAUUGAGUACAUGAUGGAGCUGCUGGACCCCUCCUUGCUACACGGAGAAGGUAAAUGGCCUUGAAGCUCUGAGAUGACUCUUUUGCCAGGAAUUUGUUUAUUUGUAGCCUGCCUGAAUAGACAGCCUUUAAAAGAAUCCUGAAAGCCUCUAACUUGUUGCCACAGCUUAUCAAGUAAUGCCUACAAACAAAACAUAAAGAUAACCCCAACCAAUGAAGAUAAAAAGCCUUGUGUUCCUACCCGCAUAGAGAGAGGGUAUUUUUAAUUAAAAAUAAUAUGCUUUUCUUUGUGAUUCUGGAAGGAGGAAACUGUCGUUUGGCCUAGCAACUUGGACGGUAGUGAUUUACAGUAAACUCUUAACCGUGUCUUCGCAGAAGCCCUAUUGAAUUCAAUGGGGCAUACUCCCAGGUCAGUGAGGUUAGGGUUGCAGCCUUAGUUCAGUUUGGAAUGAUAGAUCAGACCAGACAUCUUCUGGCAGGGUCUGAAAUGAUAUGUGACAAUUUCUCUCUUCAAUUCUCUCUUUCUCCAGUAUGGAAAACUUUCUUUUAACUUACUGAGAAUUUUGAAUUAUGGAAGCUUAUAAGUUAGCUUUCCUAAACCUCAGGAAUAACUUGUAUUUCAGAGCAGGCUUUCUUCAGAGGCCAGGAUAUUACCACAAGUCUUCUUUCAGAUUCAUAUUGGCAUUUAGUAGCAUUAUCAUGGUCAUCCUGCCUCCUGCAUGACAGUUCAUUGAAAAAGAAAAACAUUUCCUUGUUCAGUUGGUAGAGCAUGAGAUUCAGCAAUCCUUACCAAAGCCCUGUAUAGCAAGCAGAUAGGUAAAGGUAAAGGACCCCUGGACGGUUAAGUCCAGUCAAAGGUGGCUAUGAGGUAUGGCACUCAUCUUGCUUCAGGCUGAGGGAGCCGGCGUUUCUCCACAGACAACUUUCUGGGUCAUGUGGCCAGCAUGACUAAACUGCUUCUGGUGUAGCGGGACACCGUGACAGAAACCAGAGCGCAUGGAAAUGCCAUUUACCUUCCUGCCACAGUGGUACCUAUUUAUCUACUUGCGCGGGUGUGCUUUCGAACUUCUAGGUUGGCAGGAGCUGGGACAGAGCAACAGGAGCUCACCCGUUACAGGGAUUCAAACCACUGACCUUCUGAUUGGCAAGCCCAAGAGGCCCGGAGGUUUAGACCAAAGCCCUGUAUAGCAAGUAGAUAUUCAUCUUACCAAAAGGGGAAAGCACUGAGGAUGUGAGUGAGUUGAUAACAGAGGCAGGAUUUUAAUUGAGGAUUCUUUCAUAGCGAAAUCACUUUAUUUGUUAUUUGUGCAGGGGUUGCGUUCCUGGCCCACUCAUGUGUUAGUGGAGUGCGUGUAAGGCCCCCCCCCCCCCGAUUCCACCCCCUUUUCUGGCCACUUCUGGGUUGCGGCAAUGCGUGCGUCACAAUCGUGUAUGCAUUGAACAAAUGUAAAAUGGUCUUUGCCUCUACUCGAAACCCUUUGAGGAACACUUCAUUAUUAUUUUUUAACACACAGGCUAGUCAUUUUUGUCAAAAAGGCAUGGAGUGGAGAAGCCACACAGAUGUAUCAGCAACUCUCCAGUUCAUACUCAGGCAACCAAAAAUAUACUCUUUCUGCCAUGCAAAAAGAAUGGGAGAAGAAUAUGUGAAUCAGUUUUAUUACUAGAAAUUCCUCUUGACUUUUAUUUAGGUUGCUUGAGAACAAGGGGCUUGUUAUUAAGGUGGCAUUUGCAAAAAAAACCAACAAAAAACAAACCAACAAUGAUUUAGCUCUUAAAAUAUGGCCUGGAAUACGUCUCCUGCUUGUGGCUCUGAAUCUUUUCCUGCCUCUGCAGUUGUUUGGCUCCUUCUAAGCCUGGAGUAGGGAGGGAUUCCAGAGGCCCCUUCCCUCCUGGGCAGCUGAGAGCAAAAGAAUGCUGAAGCUGUUGAAUCGGGCAAGGAACUUCUGUUUCCAACAGCAAAACAAAAACAAGCAGGCCAAGCUUCUGGCCAAGCAGCUGGAUGUUGAUACUUCCUUGGCCUCCAAACUGCAUCAGAUUUCUGUGUGUUGCUAUUUGCAACAAAUUGCAUUUGUCUUUCCCAGAAAUCCAAUGGUGGGCGGGGGCAUGAACAGAAUUCCAUCUAAUGGGGAAGAGCAUUUGAGUACAGCCGGAAUGAGAACUGCAACAAACACCAGAGUCUGCUUUAAGUAAUCUUCCUGAUGUUUGUGCUAUACUUGCCACAGUGUGUGGUGUCAAGAAACCAGGAGAACAAAGCAACUCAGAGGGUUGGAUCCAGACUCUAGUGCUUUGGAACAAAGUUGGAAACCCACUGGCAUGGCUGUGGUUUCAAAGGCACACCUCAGAAGGAUGGCAGACCCCCAAUUUGUAGUAGUAGCAGCAGUAGCACAGUAUUUAUUAAAUUUGGAUACCACUCUUCAAGAGGAGACUGAGAAGAGAUAGGAUAGCCAUCUUCAAAUAUCUCAAGGGCUGCCACAUGGAAGAUGGAGCAAGCUUGUUUACUCCUGCUCCACAGGGUAGGACCCAAACCAAUGGCUUCAGGUUACAAGAAAGGAGAUUCCAACUAAACAUCAGAAAAAACUUUCUGACGGUAAGAGCUGUUCCGACAGUGGAACAGACUCCCUUGGGAGGUGAUGAACUCUCCUUCAUUGGAGGUGUUUAAGCAGAGGUUGGAUGUCCAUCUGUCAGGGAUGCUUUAGCUGAGAUUCCUGCAUUCUGCAUUGCAGAGGGGGGUCGGUGUCCGUUCCAAGUCUACUAUUCUAUGAUCUGUAGAUUUCAGGGUGGUUCACAGUAUAAAAAUACAAAAUAAAAGCACAAAAUACAUAAUAAAAACAAGAACAAGAACGAACUACUAGCACAUUGAUAGCUAACCUGUUGCUAUCCAGAUGCACACUUCCCAUCUGCGGGCAGGGGCUGGUGGAAAUUGGAGUCCAACAUGUGGAGGUUGCACUUUCAUUUAAUGCAAGACAGCAGAUCACUCUUGUCUGUCUUGGAAAAUUACAGACAUACUGAGUUUUACACUGAUUAUAUAUAUAAAUAAUCAUAGAAUCAUAGAAUCAUAGAGUUGGAAGAGACCACAAGGGCCAUCGAGUCCAACCCCCUGCCAAGCAGGAACACCAUCAGAGCACUCCUGACAUAUGGUUGUCAAGCCUCUGCUUAAAGACCUCCAAAGAAGGAGACUCCACCACACUCCUUGGCAGCAAAUUCCACUGUCGAACAGCUCUUACUGUCAGGAAGUUCUUCCUAAUGUUUAGGUGGAAUCUUCUUUCUUGUAGUUUGGAUCCAUUGCUCCGUGUCCGCUUCUCUGGAGCAGCAGAAAACAACCUUUCUCCCUCCUCUAUGUGACAUCCUUUUAUAUAUUUGAACAUGGCUAUCAUAUCACCCCUUAACCUCCUCUUCUCCAGGCUAAACAUGCCCAGCUCCCUUAGCCGUUCCUCAUAAGGCAUCGUUUCCAGGCCUUUGACCAUUUUGGUUGCCCUCCUCUGGACACGUUCCAGUUUGUCAAUGUCCUUCUUGAACUGUGGUGCCCAGAACUGGACACAGUACUCCAGGUGAGGUCUGACCAGAGCAGAAUACAGUGGCACUAUUACUUCCCUUGAUCUAGAUGCUAUACUCCUAUUGAUGCAGCCCAGAAUUGCAUUGGCUUUUUAGCUGCCGCGUCACACUGUUGGCUCAUGUCAAGUUUGUGGUCAACCAAGACUCCUAGAUCCUUUUCACAUGUACUGCUCUCAAGCCAGGUGUCCCCCAUCUUGUAUUUGUGCCUCUCAUUUUUUUGCCCAAGUGCAAUACUUUACAUUUCUCCCUGUUAAAAUUCAUCUUGUUUGUUUUGGCCCAGUUCUCUAAUCUGUCAAGGUCGUUUUGAAGUGUGAUCCUGUCCUCUGGGGUGUUAGCCACCCCUCCCAAUUUGGUGUCAUCUGCAAAUUUGAUCAGGAUGCCCUUGAGUCCAUCAUCCAAGUCGUUGAUAAAGAUGUUGAAUAAGACCGGGCCCAAGACAGAACCCUGUGGCACCCCACUAGUCACUCUUCUCCAGGAUGAAGAGGAACCAUUGAUGAGCACCCUUUGGGUUCGGUCAGUCAGCCAGUUACAAAUCCACUGAGUGGUAGCAUAGUCAAGACCGCAUUUUACCAGCUUCUUUACAAGAAUAUCAUGAGGCACCUUGUCAAAUGCCUUGCUGAAAUCAAGGUAGGCUACAUCCACUGCGUUCCCUUCAUCUACCAGGCUUGUAAUUCUGUCAAAAACGAGAUCAGGUUAGUCUGACAUGACUUAUUUUUCAGAAAUCCAUGCUGACUGUUGGUGAUCACAGCAUUCCUUUCUAGGUGCUCACAGACUGUUUGCUUAAUGAUCUGCUCCAGAAUCUUCCCUGGUAUUGAUGUCAGACUGACUGGGCGGUAAUUAUUUGGGUCCUCUCUUUUCCCCUUUUUGAAAAUAGGGACAACAUUUGCCCUCCUCCAGUCUGUUGGUAAUCAAGCUGUUGGUAAUUAUCUCUGGAACACUCUUCUCCUGAUUCCUUCACAGGUGGCUACUACUUGACAAGUGCAUAUGGAGCACUUUCUUUGAUAAAGAAUUUUCAAGAAGAACAAGCAGCUCGGCUGCUGUGCUCGGAAGCCCGGAAUACCCUUCGACAGUGGCAUAAGCGUAGGACAACAAAUAGAACGAUUCCAUCUGUGGAUGAUUUUCAGGUACAGUUAAUGACUUUUCCAUAUGAUGACUUUUCUACUGUGGGCAGAGUAUAAGUGUGAUAUGACAGACAGCAUGGUAGUUGUAGAUUGUCCUUGGUGAUGUUAGUUCUGGUUCCCCCUCAUUUGUGAAGCUCAGGGCAAAACUAGUUCUGACAGGGCUGCCAUUCAUGUCCCCACUCCAUUCACUGGUAAAGCCAGGGAUGGGGUGAAAUUAGAAUAAAAUAUGCACGGAAGACUGGUGUCCUGUCCUGCCAUACAAACCCUGAUGCCUUUGUUCCCCUCCAUCUUUUUUUCUCCUUUUUUUAAGCUUCAGUGUUGGAAUUGAGCCAAGGAAGAAAUAGACAACUGUGGGCAGUAAGAUGUGCAGUGAGAUAUACAUUGCCCCUCACCUGCAUGAUCCUCAGUCUUUGUUUAUAUGUCCAAGGGGCAGAUAUAUAAAGAGAAACAGGUGUCUGUCACCAUCUCAUCUAAUUUGGCCAUGACGUUGGGGGGAAGGGAUUCUUCUCCAUGUUGCAAUGCCUGGAAGCGCUUUAAUAACACUGAAGGUGAAGUGACUGCAAAGUUUCAUAUUCUUCUUGGGGAGAUCCUGGAGUGAUUAUGGGCAGCUGCUUCUUCCUUAAGACCUCCUUACAGGAUUCCUGUUUGGUCAGAGCACCUAAACAAGAUGGAAGUACAAAUACUGUUAAAAUUGUACUUUGAUCUUGCAUGGUCUGAGAAAAUUACUUUUCAUAUCUAACUUGCAAUUUUGGUGUAGGCUUGUUAACUUGGUAGUGAUAAUGGAAUUGCAAAUGAAGCUUAACUUCAGUUUAUGUAUCAUCGGUGCUUUUUUUCCUAGAAAAAUAGGUGCUGGUACUCAGCGUGAAGUUGUUAAAGUAAGGCUGGAUCUAGACACAUCCAAGAAGCGAUUCAGUUAAACGCACCGUAAACUUCAUACAGGGAAAUUCCAUUGGUGAAAGACAGGGCUCCACUGGGCCAUCUGGUGUCAGUGUUGUAACGCAUUCUUUCUUUACGAAUGUCGCUGAGUCCUAGGUGCCAGUACUGCAUACCCCUGAGUACCCCCUGAAGAAGAAGAAGAAAGCACUGUGUAUCAUGAUAGUUCAGCACUGAUACUUUUUGGAAAGCUAAAGCAUGUUUCACUGUUUGAAUUUUAUGGUUAGCAAAAAACCUCCAAGAUUUGGGUUGCCAUACUUGCAAACAUGUUAGAGAAUAAAUGUGGAGGAUGUUUCUUCUCCUUAGAAACAAAAGUAUUUGUUGGUGCAUCCUGAAUGUACAUUUUGCCCUAUAUUUGACCGACUCCCUCCAAUGACUCAUUUCAUUUCAUGUCAGAACAAGCUGUGUUCCAACAUGCACACUCUGCUCUUCUUUCUUCCCUUCCUUCCUCAUUUCUAUUUUCUCCCCUUCUCUCUCCCCUCCCUCCUUUUUUUCCUUCCUCAAAUCUCCCCCUUUCAUGUCUUCCCUUAGAUUCUAGAUGAUGUCUGUUUCCGCUUAUGGCCAGCAUGUGUGCGUAUGCUUUUUGUGUCUUUUUUUAAAAAGCAUUCCUAAUUAUUUUACUGGAAGAAAGAAAUGUUAACAGUGAAAAGCAAUUAUUCCCCACCUCCGCCUUCACUGUUGACUGUGCUUUACUUGUUUUAUUCUGCUCUGGGUUUUGUUACAUUUAAAUUGGUUUUACUAUCUCUUGCACUGUUUUAUUUUGAGUUGAUUGGAGGCCUUUCUUGGGCCAAAAAGUGGCAUAGAAAUGAAUUUAUGAAGAAGCAAAUAUACUGCUUCUGCAGUGGGCAAAAUAAAUAAAAAAGACCGGCAUUCCCACUAAAUGAAAAUGCAAAAAAGGUGGGAAUAACUAAUAACAACUCACAUGUUCACCAAAAGCUCCCACAGACCUUGCCUAGAAUUAAUGAAGCUUGAAUUAUUAUCAAAUUGGACUCAGGAAAAGAGACAUGAAUCAUAUUCCCAAAUGAGCUUCCUGAAACCAGUUCCUUGCUUCAAUAUUAAAAAGCAAAUGUCAGACACAUGUGCUCCGUAGAACUGCAAAGUAUGCUUUCCAUCUGCAGAAGCCUGAUUUGUGUGAAUGGGGCUCGGCCCACUUUCUUCCCUGAGCUCUGCUGCAUCUUGGGUUCGCCUCUUAGUUUCUUAGCAUGACCACCGUUCCCCAGAGAAGGCUCAGUGGCGCUUUGCCACCGUCUGGCAUAUGCCCAGGUAUCAGCUGAGGGAACUCCGUCUGGCCACAGAUGAUAGCUUUGCAGUUCACUUAGCUUGCUGUCAGGACACAAUAAAGUGAGCUCAAAAGUACAACCCUCAUGGCAUGCUAAUAAUGAAUUAGCAGAGGAAGCAUUGGGGCUAGUAAGUAAGUCCUUUACUCACAUGGGCAGGUUGAAUAAAAUCUCAGUCAAGGUCCUGUGAAUAGACCCUGACACUACUUACUUACAGCAGGGGUUUUCAGUUUCUGCCUUCAGGGAACAUUUACUGCAUCAGUUUGCCUGCCAUGGCACCCUUGUUACAGAAUAUGCAUUCCAUUUGAACAGAGCACUGGUCAGGCCUAUGAGGCCUCAAUAUCUUAUAUCUGAAUUGAGGGUGCUUGAGAACAUUUUGCUUUGAGUAGACCUGUUGCAAUUAAUGGCUCUAAUGUCAGGUUCAUUAAUUUCUGAGGAUCUGCUCUGAGUAAAAUUUAGUUGUAUACCACCCUUAAAGUUUCCUGAAACACAGAGGACCUCUGAUUAAUAACAAGAGGAACAACUACGUAUAUUUCACAUUGAUUAGCCCAACAAACCAGGUGAAAUCGUGUGGGGGUUUUUUUAUUAGGUCUUGAAUUUGAAUAUUUAUUCUUCUCAUGUAUUUCCCCACUUCACAGAACUAUUUGCGAGUUGCAUUCCAGGAAGUAAACAGUGGCUGUACAGGGAAAACCUUGCUCGUGAGACCAUAUAUUACCACAGAAGAUGUGUGUCGGCUUUGUGCUGAGAAGUUUAAAGUGGACAUUCCUGAUGAGUAUAGCCUGUUUCUUUUUAUUGAUGACACCUGGCAACAGCUGACAGAAGAUACCUAUCCCCAAAAAAUCAAAGCUGAACUGCACAGCCGGCCACAGCCCCAGGUCUUUCAUUUUGUUUAUAAGCGCAUCAACAGUGACAAUUAUGGUGCCAUUUUUCAAAACGACAACAGCGACCACACAUCAUAAAGCUCAUGUGUUUUAUGGUUGGGUUUUAAGUUGCUGAAAGCACCCUUUGCUUGCUGACUUGAGUUCAUUAGACACUGUCUGCAGGGCUCUAAACCAAAUGUCUGAUAAGAACAUGAACAACAAUCCCGGUCACUGACUAAAUGUAAUAUAUAUACAGGGCCAUUGUACAGCUGUAGAACAGAAGGGGGGCUGAACUUCAUGGAUCACUGAUCUUCUCAAAUAUACUGCACAUCACAUCAGCACAUCUGUAUUGCAUUUUACUCUCAUCCUUAGUUCAAGCCCUAGUUUGCAUUAACUUUACUGAUGGCCAGAUUAUCUAUAAGCUAGCUGGUGGGCUAUCCAUUUCACCAGUGUACAUAUAUAUGCAAAACUGUCCGAUGCAGGGCAUCAAUAAACUCUCUUAUAUGGAUGGUAGCAGCCUUCUCUAAAAUAGUUAUUUAAUUAUUAUUAUUUUACUGAAGGCAGCUUGUUUAUAUAUAUAUAUAUAUAUCACAGAAAUUUUAAAACAGUUGCAGGUAAACUGUCAUGGUUGAUCCUUAAAGUAUUUUUUAAAACUAUAAAAUGUUCUAUAAUUCUGCAUGUGAUUUUUAACAUUUAAUAUACAAAAUAAAUCUCUUGCUGGUUUUAGAGUAUUACAUUGAACACUCCUGUGAGAUUUAGAUGGUUUAUUGCCUUUUCUUCCCUGAUUUAAGUGUUUUUAAAUCUAUCAAACUCAUUUUAAGGUUGAUAAAAUUCUGUAAGUAAUUUGUAUUUUUGACAUUGGCUACCCAAAGCCUUUUACAAACCUGAUGUAUCACUUACUGAAUUAUUAUUUAUAUACUGCAAUCUUGAAUGGACAGAUAAAGUGGACAGAAGUAUUUGAAAGAAGUGAAUAUAGAGACCAGGAAAGUGAGAAAACAGUGUGGCUGCUUUAGAAAUGAGAUGUUUUAGGGCAUGUGUUUCAAAUAACACAAUUUAGUUACUUCAUUGUUGUACAGAAAGUUAGCCAAAGAAAGAUAGCUGAGAGCUCCAUCACUCCUCUUCGUGGAAGAGUGACUGGACAUUGUUGAAGGUAGAUGUGAGGGACAGUCACUCAAAAGGGGGGGGGAGAGAGAUUGUGAGGUUACCCCUAGUCUGCUGGUUCAGGCUUCUUGCAGAACAUAAGUGAAGGAAGUUGGGGGGGGAGUUUCAAAGUUUGAAAUAUUGUACAUAUACAAAUAUUGAUUUGUCAUCUGUUAUGUUAGAAACAGCAAGGAACUGAAUUUACAGGUUAAACAGAUUUAUGCAGACUGAAACGAGCAACAUCACAUGCAUUUUACUGUGGCUGAAAAAGUAAAUGUUUUCCAUAGGCAUACAAAUUGUAAGCUUCUUUCCAUAUUAGAUAACUAAAACUGGGUUGUAAUUUUGAAUAAAAGUAAUCGCUCCCUCCUAAUCUUCUGUGCGACCCUAGAAGAAGCGGGAGAUGAGAGAUAUUUCAUGGGGUGGAUUUUGCUGUCCCCUAUACAUCAUGACUGAACAAUUAAAUUAUCCAAUAGAUACAAAAAUAAAUCUGGACAAUGUUGUAAUAGUUUAAUGUUGUAACAGAAAUAUUAAGACCUACACUGAGCACCAACCAAUCCAAGUCAUUGUGUAAGAUGUGGUUGAAAAUCUUGGAUCAUAAGUCCCUUACUGAUCUUAUCAAAAGCCAAGAAUCUUGUCCAUCUAGGAUGGCUUCCAAACCAUGUGAAUGCACUCCAGUGUUGAGUUACUAAUUGCUGUACCUUAAUGCCUUAAUGCUCUGGAGUUACCAAAAGAAUAUUGGUGUCUGGCUCUGCAAAUGCGUUUUGUAUGUAAAUGUAUGCAUGUUGAUUUGCCACUUACCUGCCACCUUGACAUGUGUCUAUGUUGUAUUUCAUUUUGUAAAUGAUAAAACAGUAGUUUUGCACAUAAUACAUUGUAAUACUUUACUAUAAUGAACAUGUUUGUGUAUAUGUGAAUAGUCUGUAUUUAAGUACUCAUCCAUUUCUUGCACUUGUAAGACACAGCCAUUUUCUAGUCUCCUGAAACUAUUCUUUAGUCCAGCUCAUGUGGUUUGCUGUACAUUGGAGUCUUAGAGCUGGUUCACACACUCAUAUCUAUCCCUUCAUUUUUAUCAUUUACUAACUGCCAGUUGAAUGUGUAAACUGACUGUACUGGAAAACAUUGUAUUUUUGAGGUGAUAUAUGGCACUUUCUCCUGUUACAGAUCUGUGAUAACUUCUGCUGCAAUAAUGGCCAUAGAUCUGUGAACUAGCCCUGAGGACCAAUUCACACAUUAUACUUUAAAAACAUCUUGGGUGUAUACCUAUUUUAAUGUGAAAAGGUUGGGUGG